GUUUGGUUGUUUUACUCGUAGAAAUAAGUACACAGACCCCUCGCUUUUUUUUUAUUAUUGCUCCCUGGCAGCUCGCUUCCGUUGUGGCUUUUUUUAUUUGCAACCUUUUAUUUUCGCAGUAAGUAACUUUUUUUUUUUUUUUGCAUCACCGCUUUUUUUGCGUUGUUAACUUCCAUUGUGGCUUUUAAUUUUUUUUAUCUGCACCGUUUCUUUUUUUAUUUGCAGCAGGCUGCAGUUUCUUUUUUUUUUUCUUUCUUUUUUUUUUGCAUCAGUAAUUUCUGUUGUGGCUUUUUUUUUUGCAUUCUUUUUUAUUUGCAGCAGUGGCUGUUCUGGGCCACCGUAUUAUCCAAUGCACAAGCCAUUUCAUUGACACUGCUAAAGUUCUGUAAAUGGGCUUGUACGCGAACUUGUGGGAAGUAAAUGUGUACCAUCACGGUGUCCCACUGCAGUGAAGUCAGAACAGCAAGUUUUAAGCCAGAUGUCUCUUUCCAACUUUGCACCACGCUCCUCCAGGAGGAAGCCCUGGGAAUUAUGGGAAGGUUGCAAAAGGAGACACGUUAAGCGUCCGCGCUGCCAGGUGGAGGCGAUGUCGCUCCUCCUCUCUGCUUCUUUCCUCUCCUCCUCCUCCUCCUCUGCUCUGAUCGGCCAGAGCUCUCAGUCUGCUGGGUGAGAUCAUUACCAGACACCAGGCUCCGGGACCUGACAUUCACCGUGUAAAAAAGCAGAGCGAGCGAGAGAGAGAGGGACAGAAGGAGAGAAAAACCCCGAUCCGGUGCAAAGGACGAAGGAAAGCGACCUAACCCACGUUCACCUUUCUCGGAUCCUCGGUCUCGUGGAGUGACGGCGGAAAGCGCGGUCUUGUCACUGACAUUUUCCCGCUGGAUUUGGGCUUGUAGUCAGUCGUAUGCGGGCUUGUUUUGACUGCAGUAAUAGUCCUACUCCCCCCUCCUUCUCCUUCCCCCAGCAGAGCAGCGGAUUUGCGAGGGAUCUGAGCGCCGUGCAGCUCCCCGAGUGACCAGCAAUCCUGCAGGGCACUGAAGACCCUCUGCAACGCCGCGGAUUUCAACCACACGAGUCAAUCCGCUGGAGCACUCAAAGAUCUCUUUUCUGACUAGAACUGGACACAAGCGCCAAGUUUCCGAUUGGAUUUUCCUCCCUUGUACGGCUACCUUCCUCGCUCCUGUCAUCAGAUCGGCUGCAAAUCCUAUUUUCGCAUUUUUUUUUCUCUCUCUCUUUCCCAAAAGCCCUGCUGACGCCAUUUUCCUCGGGGUUUUCUGUCAAAAACAUAUCUCCAUAUAUUGUGGCACCGUUUGACAGCUCCCCGGGAGGCUGUCAUCCCAUCCGUCGCUUACGAAAAAUGUGUCUAAAUGGAUUGUAAAUGAUAUUGAUAAAAUAUUUACACGUUAGAGCCGAGUGUAUGACAACAUUAGACAUGGGUAAGUAGUCCCGGUUGACUGGCCACAUUCCAUACCUGAAUACACCUCUGCUUUCAAUGUUUUCAUGUGUUUAAUGAGCUGCUGCUGCUGUGCCUCUGAUUUAUAUCUUCACCUUUUACAUGCUAACCUGACAUGUAUCAUAUUUAUAUCAUGUAUGUGCCGUUUUACCAUGAAUUUUUCACAUUUCUUCGAGUCACAUGCCAACAAAUUCGACUUAGCACACGCACGCGCCGACAUACUCAGUCCACCACGCGCACAGUCUCGCACGUACACACAGACCAUCCCAAACAAUGCUCCUGCACGGGGUCUCCAGCUAUUAUUAUUAUUACUGUGUGUAAUACCUCGUUAAUUAGGUGGCGGUAAAAUAAAACACCUAAUUAGGUCAAUGGGAUAAAGUGUCCACUACACGUUGAUCAAGGAGCUGCUCAAACACCUGCUCACAUGCUUAGCUCAGUGUUUUUUCUAUCGGGGUGGACCUCCUGCUUUCUUCAUUGACAUUGAUAGUCCAUCACAUAGUCGGUGACAUGCUGGAGAUUGUUCCCUCUUCAUUCUGUCAUGAUGAGCUUUGACACAUUUGUCUGUCCAUUGACAUGUAUGAAGACUUGGUGGUAGGAAGUGUUUUCAUUUCUACCCGUUUUGAAAAAUGUCCAUGACAAACUGCUGUGGAAGUUUUGAACUUAAACACAUUGUGCAGAGUUUGUCUCAUGUUCUAGAUUUAAUCACCUGCCAAUGUUUUGUUUAGUUGCAGUACUGAUAGCUCUACCAAUCGCCUAUUCUGAUAUACCAAUUUUGGUAUCUACCUGCAAUGUCAACAAAAAUGCACCGUCAAUGUACCAGUCCAGUAUCAUUACCUAAUAGCCACUUGACCAAAGAAGUAGCUACACAUGUGACAAAACAAAAAUAAACAACAGUAUGGUGCUAAAAAGGAAGCAAAUUUGUCAAUGCUACCAAUGAGUCACCAAUCUUUCCUCUUUUUUAGCAUAGUCCCAAAGUUUAAGUAUCAGAGAAAAAAUGUGGUAUAAAAGCACCUCUUAUUGACAUUUAUGCAUCCUGGUAUGUGGCUCCCCCAUUCCACAAUCCUCCAGCUUGUUAUAUAUAUCAAUGGCUGAUCACUUCACUUGUAAAAGUGGACCAAGGUGUUUGGGUUGAAAACUGCAGGAUGUCAGUGUUAUCAGUAGCCCCCAGAAACCCCAGUCACAACCACAAGACCGCAAGAUAAAUAGACACGUCUGAAUGAGUCAGGGAAAGUGUGGAGACAUGGUCCGGUCUGUAGGAUAUAUGGAAAAGGAGGUGAGGAAAUGAGCACUUGAUGAACAAGGAAAAAAAAGAAGAGUCCCAAAUACAGAGGCAAUUGUAAGAGAAGUGUGUAACCAAGUGGAAAGAAAUUGGGUUGAGGGAUGGAUAAUAGAGCUGAUGGAAACCAUCGAUCUUGUCAUGUUAACAGGUUUCUGGGGUUUGAAGUGGAAACUCUGGCAGCAUUUCUGUGGCGUAAGAGUAUGAAGAAGGCUAUUAAAACCCCCUAUUAGGUAAUGAGAUGCCCAUGCCACCUUUAAAUUAAAGCAUGAGAAAUCGAUUAGGUGUAUCCCCCCUUCUGAGUUGGAUACCUUGGGUCGAAACAGGAUCACAGAGAGAGGGAGGAGGGAAUGUGAACAGGAUCCAAGGACAAAUCUAACUGUUGGCAGGCACUCUUAACGGAAUAUCAGCACUGGAGCACCUUUUGGCAGAGCACACUGAAAGAGUGAGCGAGCGAGAGAAGGAGGGAGAGGGGAACGGAGAGAGGUAGCAGAGAGAAGAGGGGAGAGAACAGAGGUUGGGGGAAAGGAGGGGGUGAGUUGAGGGGAAGGAGGAAGACAGUUGGGGAGGUGUUUUUUGCUGACAGCCAUUUUGUGGCUUCUGCUGCAGUUAAAAUGGUUUAACAUUCAUCUGCUUGUGCAGAGGUAGUUAGGUGAGGAUGUUUUUAGUGCUACCUGGCAUAUGGCUCAUUCAGAGGAGUGUGUGUGCACUCAACUGCGCAAGACCAUCAUUUUCUGUUACGGCCGCCACACAUGGUUCUUUAUGAUUGUCCUUCUAGCUGAGUACAUGCCUGUGCCAUCCAUGCCAAGCAGGAGAAAAAAGGAUUUUUUUUUGUUUUUUGCUAUUUCAUAAAAGCAAAUCAUAAUGCUCUCCAAAAAAAAGAGCAUUUAUCUUUGAAAUGGACAGGUAGAAAUGUUGCUUCCUUCACCUUGCUCUGUGCUCUAAGGCAGAGGACUAAUACACUCUGUGUCAGACAAGUCAUGUCCGCACCUUUAGAUUUGGGAGUACCACAAGUCCGGGGUCUUGUUUUUUUUUCAUUUGUCUCCAACCAAAGAACUGAUCCUUUUAGAAACAUUGGUGUACGUGAUUGCUCUUUCACUGAAGGGCUGGAAAAAAAGGGGGAAAAAGAGAUAAAUGAGAAAUGAAAAUGGACGAGAGACAAUGUUCAUCAUCCCUCUAAGGUACUCAUCCUCUGCCAGGAGUGGUUGAGACACCACUCCACUCUUACAUCAAAGGAGAAGACAAAAAGACUCUUCACCUUGUGCAAUCACGCAGACGCUUGCUGUGCUUCUGGGUGUGUGAAUGUGUAAGUCAGUGAGUGUGUAUGUGGGAGCAUCUGUCUGCAUGUGUGUGUGAGCUAUUUGUGAGUCCACCUCAGGCACUGGGCUGCUGGGUAUGCAGCCUUAAAAGGUUGUGUUUCUGCUGCCAUCUCUCUCUCUCCCCCUGUCUCUCUUUCUCUCUCUCUCUCUCUCACACUAACACUCAGUCUACCUCUGUUUUGUCUGUGUGUCUGUAUCAUUCUCCAUCUCUGCUCUGUCCGUCUGCACUCCAUUAUCAGCGCUUUAUCAUAAUUGUUUUCAAAGGAUGAGGCAAAGUGUCUCAUUCACAGCCUCUCACAUCCAGCACAGGGAGCGACCUUAUGCUAUUUGAGAGGGAAGCUGCCUGUUAGCGCUGCUAGUUUUUGAGAACAUAAUAAAGCUAUUUAUGCAGUGAGUCUGGCCUCUUACAAUCACCCUGCUGUCUGAGGCUGCUCGAGGUGUGUAUGUGUGUGUAAGAGCUAGAGAGAGAGGGAGAGGAGACAGGGAGGCUCAGGCUGGGCGAGGGAGGCCCGAGGAGGGGUCAGUCUUACAUAAACUCUCAGCUAACAGAGAGCUAAUGCAGCUUGGGGCACAGAGCAGGGAGGGAGGAGAAGUAGUCAUGACAAGGCUAAGUAGUUUAAACAGUAAUGGCCCAGACUGAAGAUCAUACUAAUAAAUGACGCCAUUUUGUUGUCAAACAGGGAGACAGUUGAUAGAAGAGUCUCAAGAGCACCACUCAGAGCGGAUUGGUCUCUCUCUCUUUUUUUUUUUCACGUGCAUGUACGAGUAUGAUGUUGUGGUUGGCAGCUGUCUCUUUUUCCUGUCAUUGUCCCUCGGUCACAUGACACACGGGGUGGCUUUCACACAUGCCAUGAGGCCGAGUCACUGCGCUGACAUUAGGGACUGGGAGGAUCCUGGAGAGCCAAAAAAGGUCAUGCGGGCACUUGUAUGAUCAGAGACAGAGUGUGAACCUUCUGUCUUUUGUGUCAGCCUGUAAAACUUUGAAUACCUUGAAGUUAUGAAGGAGACUAGUGUCGGGGUUUUGCAUGAUUUAGCCCAUCAAAUGCAAAAUGCCUUUACUGGACAUUACCUCUGACUAAUUUACAAAGCAAACAGUACAUUUUUGAGGAGGUAGUUUCUCGAGUUAAACAGAGAAUUGCAUCUUUUUUUCUGAUGGGUGAUAUAUAAAUUAAACAUCUAGGCUCCUGUUUUCUGCUGAUUGAUGUAACCUUUAUCAUCUUGUGGUUGUGGAGAAAAGAUCUGUUUGUAAGAUUUUUCUCCAAUAGAAGAGUUCAAUCAAGGAGGCGCUGGCAACUGGGAUUCUCAGUUGUCAAAAAUCACUGCACUUUAAAUCUUUCUUUUCUUGAAAUUCUAACAGAAAAAACAACAGAAGUUCAGAAAGACUGAUGGGAAUUUGGUAGUAUUUCUCCUUCUAAUAAGUUCGGUGUCAGGUAGCAUGAAUGCAGGGUUGAAGGGUUUCUUAAGUGCAACAACAAGGAAUAAUCUUCAAAAUAACUCCUCCUUGGAGAUGAACAACUAUGUGAAAAUAAAUUGAUGGCUUCAUGAAACAAAGCAAACUUAUUAUUCCAGCAAGUUUAGUUAUUCUUCAUACUGCAUUCAUUGAAUGAUAAUGAAAAACUUCCAGUCAGAAUUCACUUUUAAGGUUUGGAUUUUUCUGGUGAUGAAGCGAUUUGGAGUUGGUAGGCUUAAAUAUGCCAAACCACUAUUUUCUCCCUUUAAGCCUUUUUCAUACUUAAACAGCAUGGGGCUACCAGGACCUACAUCUAAGACAUGGUGAGAGUCCGCUUUGAAAGUCUGUGGUUUUAGAUUGGCAAACUUCAGAGUUGAGGAGAAACGUUCCUUUUCUUUUUCGUUUAAUCUUGCAAAAGCAGAAGAAAAACUUUGACCUCAGGGUUCAACAGUGUUUGUGUGCAGUCUUAAACUGCUGUGGAUUAUGAUUAUUCAAUCACACUGUAAGCACAGGAGGGUGAAAUGGUCAGCACAACAGGGAGAUUUUGGGUUCAAGCCUUGCAGGGCUUUUCUUUCCAUUUCUUCCAAAUAAUCGCAAAGGUUUCACGGUUCUGAAUUUUCAUCGUGGAUUUGAGUGUGAAUGUGUCGGCCUAUGAUUGACUGGCGACCUGUCCAUGUUGUACCCAGCUCAGUUCUUCUGACCCCCUGGGAUCCUAAAGGAUAAGCAGGUAUAGCAUGUGCUGGGAGGUAUUAUGAAGGGGAUCAGCUGUUAGUACAGUAGUGUCGGCUGGUACAGCAGGAGACAUUCACUCACAGUUAGUGUAAAAUACCAUCAGUAACCAUGUCAGACGGGGUAUUAGCAGGGGGUAAUUCUAUAUUGCCCCCAUCAUGUUGGGUAAUACCAUAUACAGGUUUAUAUGCUGUAAACCUUUUGUGUUCUCAGGUGGUUGUAAACUGCAGUAGGCUGUAAGCUUUUAUUUGAGUCAUGUCCGCAGGUAGUGGUCCAGUUGAGGUUCACAUCAGUGUAAAAGGUGUUGGUCGCAGCUCAGUGUGUCAGACGGCAUUCCCCACUUCCAGCUCAGUCAUGCCUCAUGUCAUAUUGACUGAUGAGAUUCCCUGGAGCUGUAGUAAGAAGCGUAGUCCAGAGUUUAUUUGGGUUCCUCUCUGUUCAUGUGGAAGUAAGCCUGAGUGAAUGCAUAUGUCAGUAUGUGUACUGAUGGAGGUCUGUCAUGUAAAUCUCUGUCUGCAUGUGUAAUGAUCCAAAAAGGAAAAGAAAUCCUUCAACUCUGAUAAAUGGCCUCUACAAUCUUUUCUUUAGAUAGCAGCAGGAGGGAGGAAGCGUACUCAGUGACAGCAACUCUGUCAUCCCUGUGUACUUUUAUGUGCGUAACUGUAUUUUGUUUUUCAUGCUUGUGUGUAUCAAUGCCACUUCAUGCAUGUGUAAAACAGUUCAGACACUAGUUUUUCCAGACUAGCUCGUAAACCACAUCUGGGGAAAGAAUUUAGAUUCCUUCCCUCCGUCUUUCUAUGCUGCCUUCACUUCUCCCCAUGUGUGAUUCCCUCCCUCCUCUGCUGCUCUGCUCUGCUGAAAAAGAAAAAGAAAAAAAAAAACAUAAGCCAGCUUCUUGUGUCCUCAGGCUAACUUCAGCCUGGUUUUAGAGCAGAGAAGAGGAAUGUCUUAUUUUGUGCUGAUCACUCUGGUGUCUGCACGGCUCUGCUUUGGAUCCAUCCCGGGGAUAGAAUAAGGGACGACAGGAGGGAGAGGGGAUUAGCAAAGAGUAAGUGAAGAAGAGAGUUGGAGACGAAAGAAAGGCAAGUGGGUGUCAAAACUGAGUUUGUUUUUGUGAGGUUCAGAAUGCAAAUAAGAGUGCGGCGGCAUACCUCCACAGCUCUGUGCAGCCUGUGUGUGUCUUCAUACAUAACAGGCACCUAAUGAUGUUGAUGACAGCAAACAGGCCUGUGCUGAAAGCUCGCACUGCAGUGGAAGCUAAAGGGAUGACAGGACUCUUUUUUUCGGUGUUGGUUUUUCAUAAUCAUAUCUUUCACCUGCUCUCUCCACAGACUGUCCCUGGCUUUGCCGUGUUCCUGCGGGACAUCCAACCCAACCACAGUAGCUGACUGACAACAACCAACCAGCCCCGACUGACCACUUUACCUUCCUUUUGGCUGGGUGCCACAACUUCCCCUAUCCUGAUCGGCUCAGGCGGGAGUGUGGAUGGAGCCAAGGGAUCUGGUUGGCUCGGCCCGACCCAAAGAGGUGGAGUUACAGGGAGGCAGGGUGGGGCCAAAUGAAGGGGACCAGCAAGGAGCAGGGGGCAUGGGAUCGGCGCGCAAUGAUGAUGUGAUUAAUGGCGCCAUCAGCGAAGGGGAGGGGUUAGAGGAGCAAGGGGAGGGGCUUCUGGAGGAGCAGGAGUUCUCCAUCAAGGAAGCGAGUUUUCAGGAAGGAAGUCUAAAGCUGAAGAUUCAGACCACCAAACGCCCCAAGAAACCCCCCAAAAACCUGGAGAACUACAUUUGUUCACCUGAAAUCAGGAUGACCAUCAGGCCACCGGUCGGUGAGAGCAAAGGGGGUCGGCAGGGACGGACAGGAGCUGGAGCGACAGCAGGAGGAGGGCAAAAAGAUGAAGAACGAGGACCUCCAAGAAAGAGAGUAAGUUGGGCGGCUGCUCACAUGUACAGUUUUUAAGAGCAAAGAAAGACACUGUGGUGGUGUGUGUCUUUUUGGAAGUUUGGUGUUUCAUACAGAGAGGAACUCCUGUGGCCUCUGAUUAGCUCAACUUCUCUGAACAUAAGAACACUGUCUCAUCAAAAUCUGCACCUCUCACCGCACCUCUUGCUAAGUUGCUUGUUUCCCUGCUUGGAUGCACAGGGUCAAAGUUUGCUGCGUAAUUGAAACCAGUCAUGGCGAGAUGAGAUCACACAGUUACACACAACCACACACACAAGAACACAACCCACACACGUUCACAGACACACACAGAAGCUGAGAAUAGGGCUGACAUAAGCAAGUGACAGCUGGUGUCUGCUCUCUCCAUUUGUGGUUGCAUUCACAGAGACCUUUCCUCUCUCCUCUCCUCUCCUCUCCUCUCCUCUCCUCUCCUCCUGAUUAAAUCAUUUCUUUUGAGUCACACCCCCUUCACCCCCUCUCAGACAUCGCACCCUCUAAACUGGUGUUUGGUUUGUGUGACACUGUGUAGGUAGUACAGGUCCUUUGGGGAAACCAGUGUUUUCAGGGUGUGUUGACCUACACAGUCUGGUUUGUGUUUGUGUGUCCAAACCUGACAGCCAUCCCCAUGUCUCAGAGCUCGGCGGGCCCAGCAGGUGGAAAGGUGUCUUGUUGUCAACAUGAUGUUGAGCUGAUUUGUACUGUUAGGCUUCAGUGUCAUGAUUGAACUCAAAACACAGGAGGCAUAUGAGGACACAGCACUGCAUUAUUGUUACUCUUACACAUGAUAUAGUCUCAUACGGCCAGAUCACGUCUAUGUAUCAUACCAGAUCUAAUCUUAUUUUCGUGAAGAUAUUAAGUCUAUAAAAUCAGAUAAUGAAAUGAAAUACAGCUGUCAGCUAAUUACCGGCUGCAUACAGCUCAUACUCUCAUCAAAGCUCCCUGUAGUGUCAUAAAACUACGGCGUAUUAAUGUAUCAUAUCAAUGUAUUAAGUGUUCUUUGCACAACUGCCUUAAAAUUCUUGGAGUAGAAAUUAUUAUUAUGAAAAUAAAAAAUUAUUUUGGUGUAAUUUUUGAUAAUGCUUCAAAAGCUGAAAUAGAUUGGCUACCAAUGUAGCUCUCCAUUUAGGCAAACCAGGAGUUAAAAAAUAAAGAUGAAAUCAGUCAAGUAUACGCCGUACCUACACUUCUGAGUAUGUUCCAGACAGAAAAUUUCAACUCAGCAGGACAAAAAAAAGAAGUUGGCGACGUGCUUUGUCAUUCGUAGACUCUGACGUCAGGUAGACAUUUUCUGCCAGUCAUCUACAGGAUGUGAUUUCUCACUAAAAGUCAACUAUGAGUGUGUUUGUUUCCACAUCCUGGCUGUAAUACUGAACCUCACACCCCAAAAAAGGGGGCGACCAUUUCCAAUCCGGCGCCAUUAGUCCUCCCCCUGUUACAGUAUGAUUGACAGAGGUUGUCAUAGUGACAGGGGAAGCAAGCCGCUCUCUAUUGAGAUUUUAGGUUAGAGGGGGAGGGGUUGGAGGAUGUGUUGGUGUUGAUUCAGAUCAGUUUCAAUCCUUCAUCCCCUAUGCGCUGUCCCUCAAUCACACCCCCAACCUCCCACUACCCCUUUCUCCCCCCCCCCCACAUCCUUUCCCUCCAUCCAGCCAUCACCUGCCACCCCAAGGGUGUAAUACAGGCGGGCGCAGUAGAGAAGAACGGGUUAAAGAGAGAGGCUGAGCUGCUCUCUGUCUACCUCUCAUAUAUGUGUGUGUGUGUGUAUGUGUGUGCGUGCAUGUGUGUUGAGGUUAAAUACUCUCUUUGUGGUGUGUGAGGCUGUGUGUCAGGAGGGGAGGGGGAGGUGAGAGGGGGAGCAGAUGGACAGCCUCUCUGCUAUAUUGUGUUCAUAUCCACUCUCUCCCUCUUUCCCUCUUUAUCUUUCAUCUGUCCCUCUUUCUACACUCUUCCUCCUCACUCUUUUCUUCCUUCUUGUCUUCCUCUUAUUUUUUAACUUGAUCUUUUUCACUCCUCUUUUCUUCCUCGUCCUCCCUCUUUCAGCCUCUGUUGUCUUGUGGCAGAUGGCAGCGUGGGGCAGCGGCAGCAGCAGCAGCAGAAGAGCAGAAGCCAGAGUGUGAGCAGGAGAUGGGGGAGAAGGGAAGGGGGGGAUGUGGAGGAAAGAGUAGGAGAAGAAAGGAGGUGGGGGUCAGGCAUAUGGAGAGCCUGGUUAAGGGGCCCCCUCUGAGGGAGUGUGUAUGUGCGUGUGGUAGUGCGAUGAAUAGAGGAGGGGGAGAGGCAGGAUACAAUAGAUGCCCAUUAAGACAGAGAUUUGACUCUAAUAGACGGAGAAGAGGAGAGACAGACAGACAGAUAAGUAGGCAAACAUGGAGAAUGGAGCAAAGAAAGACACAGAAAUAGUGUUUUUUAACCAUUCUUUCUUUUAUUGCAGACACAAAUCAGCUGUCACAGCUUCUCUUUUUGUUUCCUUUUCCUCACAAACUUUUGUUCCAUCAAACUUUUCACUUAUUCAUGUGGGCGAUGGCCGUGUUUCAGUAUUACGAAUAACAGUCUGCAGGAAAAACUUCAUUAAGUUAGUAAACUUUUGCAAGUGGCACUGUCACCAUCACUAGGAGGUAAGAUAAAGUGUAUAUUGAAACACAUACCUGUUCAAGAAUCACUUCACAUUAACUACAUCCACCCCCUGCCACCAUGUCUUAAUGCACAGUCUCUGAAGAAUGAAUGACCCAGAAAGUUUUAAUCAUAGUUCAAAUGUAAAAUACCAAACAUCUGACAACUUUUACAAACAUUUACAAACACCAGCAAGCCAGUAAAGUUUAUUAUCCUCACAUUAAUUCACCACAAGCAGAUUAUUCUUCAGGGAGUUAUUAGUUUAAAAUAUCGGAGUAUACAGGCUGACAUAUUUAGUGGUACCUGAUAACGGUUUCAGGCAGGGACUACCUUAAAAAAACUAUGAUUUAAAUGAAGAGUGCACUGAUGCGUCCUUUAAACAUGGCUGAUGUUUAUACUUAGGCAAACCUCACAGACAGAGAGGAACUAAUAGCAACAAUCUCAAAACACCAGAUCACAUAACUCAUUUGAGAAACAGGCGAAAAGGUUUCCAAAGAGGCGAUGCAAUAAGCGUGAGUGUUGGAAUCUGAAUUCCAGCUGGAUUGAAAUUUAAAACGAUGGUGUCAGCGUAAUCCCCGCUUUCCACAAUGAAUGCAUCUCUGAUUGAAAUGAAAACAGAACGCAAUAAGUCAAAUUUUAUCGAUGCAAAAAUCAGUCACAGGAGUCCACACCUGCCAGGAAUGACAGAUUUACCGCUGACUAUAAAUGAAACAGCUGAGUCUCUUUAACAGAGGGAGUAGAGAGCGAUUCAAUAAGGGAGUGAUAAGAGAGGAAAAAGGUACAUGUUCCAGCUCUUAACAUGAUUGUUACCUCUGUAUUCUCUCCAUGCAGUCAUCUAUAAUCGGGGGUCAAUGAGCAGGCGCCAUGUGUCAGGGGACAGACCCACGCACUCACAUAAACGGGAUAUGAUGGUCUCUCCUUCUCUGUGUCCAGCUGACAUCACACACAUGCUGAAUGUCCUCUUACACACAGCUCUUUGUCUGCGCAUGCUGUGUGUGUUUGCAAGAUGAAUGUGUUUGUUCUAACGGAUUGUGUCUCGGGUCAACCGCUGCAUCACUCCUCCAGACACACGUAACCACACGCACCCACACACACACCCCCACAGAUCCACACACGCGGUCACUAGUCCAGCGCCGUCACAUGCAGGAACACACACUUGAAGUAAAAUGCAUCCCCUGUCUUUCUCUAUCUCUCUCUCUUGCUUUUUACACACACAAACACACACUUACAGAAACACACAAAUCAUGUUGAGCAGUGAUUGCAGUUAGAGAGAGUGUUUUCCUGGUUAUCUGUCCAGUUCUCAGGACGUGCCAAAUGCGGCUCUUAAUCCAUUUCACUAUCUGUGGGGAGAGAUAAGCCAGAGCUUUUCCAGGAGUCCAGGCCAGGCUGUGUGUUGUUGUUGUUGUGUGUGUGUGUGUGUGUGUACGGUUGUGUGUGCAUAUGGCUGUGUGUACUAGUGGGCCCAUUUGAAACCCUGACGUUAGACACACACUUAUCUUGUCUUGACAGCCCCUCUGCUUGGUGGUCCCCCUGGCUGUGUGAGUCUGUGUGUGUAUGCGCGUGUGUGUGUGUGUGUUGCUGCUUGGUGGUCUCCCAGUAGUGUCUGGGAUUAUUAUAUGUUAGUCAAGUGCAUUCACAAGGAAAUUAAUGCUGCCACAGUUGCCACGCCAAGUGUGUACGCGUAUUAGACUUGCACAUUGUGUAUGAGAUGGUUAGCCUUUUGAUGUGAGCUUUUUUAUCCCUGGCUGAGAUGGCGGUUGGUGACCUAAGGGACAUGAUGAGCUCAUAAAAUGGGAGCGUGUGUGUGUGUUUGUGUGUGUGUGAAACAUUGUGCUUGCUCACAGUGAGAAAUCUUCAAUUGAUUUAUGAACAUGUAUGACAAGGAAUGAUCACUUCUUUUACAGCGUGACCAAACCGUCACAUUGGAAUAUUUUUGGUCUUCAUUAUUACGGUGAAAAUAUUCAAGCUUUUAUUUUGGUAAGUGUGUGCCGAGUGUGAGUUUGUGUGCGAGUGUGCGUCCACAGUGAGCAGUCUUUGAGAGUAAAGAGCUGGGAAUGCUUUAAGGGGCGUUUCCCUGUGGCCGAUGGGGGAUGGGACGUGUAUGUGUGUCCGUGCAUGUGUGUAUGUGCUUGCAUACUGGGGAAGGGUGAGUGAUUUAGCACCACUGAAACACCAGCUGUCCAUCCUUGUCUGACCCCCAUACACACCCUGUACACACCCGAAACACACACUGAUGCCCAUUCUUGCGCACGCUCUUAACACACAUACACACUCAUCUACUCGCACCUAACCUCUGAUCCGCUCCUGAGUGUCUCUCAAACCUGAAGAGUCAAAACACAAUCUGUUCAUCUGCCUUUCACUCCAAACACACAUAAGAAGACACAAACACACAGACACACACAGUACACCGAGCAAGACUGCUCCUUAAUUAGCUCUGCAGUUGUGUCAGAGCUUCAGCGUAUCUACAAGGAAUGACUCUGCAAGGUCACUCCUAGUGAGCACAUGUAUAUGCACUCACAUACACACACAGACACGCACAAACACACACACACAAAAGAGCUCUGGAGGCUUUCAGAAAAAGGGACGAACUUUGACCCCGCCAGACAUUCAAACAUCAAGGUGGUAGCUGGACUCCACAGUUGUGUGAGCAUCGGUGUCCGUGUGUGUUCGUGCUGCAUUGAAUUGUUUGUUUGUGCGAAUGGGUCAGAGUUGAGACAACUGGAGUCUGGCCUUUGCUUUCUUACCCUCAGGGCUGGAUUUGGUGUGUGUGUGUUUGUACGUGUGUGUGUGUGUGUGUGCUGACCAUUUGGUUGGAACUGUAGCUAAUUUCUCAAUCAGACACACACAUACCGUCUUCUCAAUCUGUCCCAAAGGUCAGGCCCUAUUCAUUUACUAUUGUGUCCAGUCCCAGUGGGUUGCUUUCCCUCUCCAGGCAGAUGCAGGCAGACUAUAAUAGCUGGUCUAACUGAAGUUACAUUUUAAUGAAGACCUGAGGCGGCUACUUGCAUUAAAAGAAAUGGCCAUGACUCUGUCUGAGGGCAGCUAUCAAUAAACAUGAAGACAACUAGAGAUGCGUUUUUUUUGUUUGCUCGAUAAAGUUUAGGUAUCUAAGACUGAUGACAUGGGGACUGAAAUUAUAACAGCUGUUAGAUAUUUAAUGAUGUAAUUCCUGUCAUGAUUGUUUAGUAGAAAGGAGACAGAAACUUAUCGUCUCACACCGGUCAUUUAAAAUAGGGUGACCAUAUUCUGAAUCCCCAAAAAAGAGGACACCACUACCCAGGGAAGAGUCACAGAGUCACGCGUAGUUAAUUUUGAGAGUUUUUUGGGUCGGGUCGAGUGUUUUUUACGUGCUUCUAACUCAGGUAGUCCAUGCUACACAAACUCAAAACUUCCAUACAAAACCCUGGACAUUUAAAGGAUUUUAUAAACUCCCCCAGACAAGGCAGGACAAGGCUGGACAGCCCCCAAAAAAGAGGACAUGUACGGGUAAAAGAGGACGGAUGGUCACCCUAUUUAAAACAUAAAAGACAAUGAUAAAUAAAGGAAUGAAUAAGUCACCUUUAGUGCAGACAUCUGGUUCUCUUGUGCCUCUGUUGCGUUGGAGAAACACUGACUUCAGACUGUACUAACCAGAGAUGUAAUGGUAUACCUAAGUCAUAAUUUGAUACAGUUCACAAUGUUGGCUACACAAUACAGCAUGAUUACGACUUUUGUCCUGAGUGUUAGUAAUCCAUUUAAUGCUCAAACAAUAAAGGAGAGUUGCUUUGUACAGCUGUUACUCAGUCUAUUCUUUUGUCUUUUUAUUGUCGUACGUCCAGGUGACUAGAUUUCCUGUUAUGACUACAAACUUGUUUUUAUUUAGAAAGACACAAAAUGGACAUCUGCUGGAUCACUAUUUACAAAAGUAAAAAAACAAAAAUGAUUAGAGGCACUGACAUUAGCAGUAUUAUCUAUGUGUGGGAAACACUUUCAGUGCAUCCUCACUGCAAAAUCUUUAUCUGCUACCGAUGUGAUGUAGUAGUCAUAACCUUGAAACAAAAGAAGGCAAAGACAGACAGCAGCGCUUUGCUAUUGAGAAAAGACACCCAUAGUAGUUUUAGUUUGUCUGAUUUGGGCUGUCUUGUUUGUACCAAUUUCUAACUGUCAUGUUGUUUUUUUUUUACUGUUUUAACCAAGUGAUGUUGUUCUGUAGAGGAAGAGACAAUAGGAAGACGAGCAGAAUGUCUCCAAACAAGCUGAACUGGAGUUAGCAGCUGCUAGAUUUGAAGCUCAUUCUCGUCUGCUGAGGCACUAGAGAAGCUAGCGCUAGCUGAAUGAAGCUUAGUUUUGCCUCACACUGAAUCUGCCUCAGUGCUGCAUUAUUGAUGCUGCUAUUAAAACUUAAUUAAUGACCAGAGAUCAGCUCCUCUCAGCUGCUCUAAAGUGGUAGUUACUGUUGGAAACGACCACUAGUACCUCUAUGGUAACAGUACAGUGCUCUCUGAUGUCGAGGUUAUAUUUUGGAGCAGAAAAACAGAGAGAAAGUUUGUCAUAUUCAAGUCAAGGUAACACAUUGAUAUUACCUGACAGUAAUUCUUAGCCUGUGCUCCCAUUUAGUUUGAGUUUCAUUAGUCAAUGAAGAGUGACAUAUUGAUCAUGAACAGGUGUGCAGUCAUGCUUUGCUGUCUUUAUAAAAAAAAAUGCUACCAUAGUGCAAAUAGCAGAGGCCUGAUUCCACUAAGAGUUGUGAGUUUUGUGAGCAUUAAACUAAGACAUUGUUAUUUACCUGGGCAGACACGCUGGGAUUCUUUGAUUUUUCAAGAUAAUCAUGUUUUUUUCUUUCCAUCUUGUAUCUUCAAAGCUCUCCUUAUUGGGAAUGAUACUGGACACUCAGUCUUGUGGUUUUGACUGAGCAUACAGGUUGUCUUUGCCGCCUUCCUACCUUACAGGCCUCUGGUUGUAAUAUGGCUCCCAUUAUUUUCUGCCAGCAGUGGCUUGACAGGGAUUUUGAUAAGGUGUCUCAGAGCUAGUUCCAGCUUUACCACUAAUUGUAUUACAGACUUCUUACCAACAUGCUUGAGGCCAAAAUCAUCCAAUGAGCAGGAAAAGAUACACUGAGAAUUUCUUCUGGGGAACUUGUUUCAGAUGAAUGACUGGAUAAACAAGAAAACAAACAGUGCUGUGUUUGUCCUCGAGAACGGGUCUGACUUUUUUUUGUCAUCAUUAUUAAUUUGGAGUUUUUAAUCAGAGAUUUUACAACAAUUUUCGUUACAUUUUCAUCUCUACUCAGUCAUGUAAAAAACAUGUACGUCAACUCUUUCAUUGGCAAAGUUAAUUUGGUGUUCGAAGCAUUCUGCACUUCUACAUUUCCAUUGAUAGAUGCUCCAAAAAAAGUAAUAAAAUUACAAAAAAAAUGAAUUUGCAAGGUAAAACAAGUGGGAUAUUGCACUCCACUGUUGUAAGGACAUGUGUCAUAGUUGUUUCAAGGCACCAUGAGUAUAAGUUUAGACUCAGUAAAGGCCUGAACAGAUUUUCUGACUGGGAUGGACUUAGACACUCACAUAAAUACAGUGUGUCAUUAUUUGGAUGGCGGCCAUGUUUGAUGUAUCCUGCUGUCACAGAUGAUGUUGAGUCAGAAGAUCAUGUGCUCCAGGUGACUACUUUGUUGCUGUCUUGACUCUGUCUCUGUGGUUGGUCAGUGGCGUGUGUGUGUUUAUGUGAGGUGGAGUGUAAUGUGUGGUCAAGUAGCAGAGGUCCAGAAAGGAUGGUGGGUAAUAUCGAGUGCAGGAAGGGAAGAAAAGAGGGUUGACAUGAAUCGGAGGAGAAGAGAGGACUCAGGCUACUGAAGAGUAUUGACUUUCACUGUGUCUCACUUAAAGUGAAAGUGUGUUUGUCAGUGAAAUCUGAUGGCCCCAUCAGCUGUCUGGGACGUGCCUGUGAGGACAUGUGUGCGUUUUUGUCAAUAAUCAUGUAAGAUGAUGAUCGGGUCAGAUCUGCUACAAAAACAGGUCACUCAUAGAGAUGAUCUGACAUGAUUUUUUUUAAGGAUACCCAGAACUGAACAUGGUCUUAUACAGUAACAGACAUGCUCACAUUAUCUUUUCAGUCCAGUUGAAUACACUGUGUGAAGUGUUUAUAUGGCGUGUGAUUUAAUCCUGUGUGGUGUUACAAACACUUACAAAUUGAAUCCAAACUGCAGAGAAACAUGCAGAAAUGUUGGUAUUCAGCCAAGUGCCCCUCUAGUCUGAGUGCAAGUAGACUUUCUUGUUUGAUCAGCUUCCCUCAGAGGCAUUAGUCUCCCCCUCCACCUCAAACUCUACACCCAUGCUACUGCCAUGCAUUUUGAUUUGAUUUGGGCCAGUUUAUUUCAGUGAAAUUGUUUAUAUGGAGUCUUUUUUUAUAAUGUAAGAGCUGUUCUGUUCAUAACCAGAAAGUUAUGCUUCGUGUAAACGCAGCUACUGAUUGCUAAUAUUUAGCACACUUCAACUAACAUUUUAACAUUGCUUUUGCUUUUUAUUUGUAACAAGAUAAUUAUUAAACUUUGGUCUUUUUUAACCAUGAUGUAAUCCUAAAAGAUGAGGUGAUAAAAGGCCUUUAUGUUCUUGCCUGGACUUUCCCGACAUUAGUUGUUUUGAGUGUGGCUGUGUGUGUGUGUCUUUGUGCACAGUCCAACAUCGUAGCAGCUUCAGUCUUUGCAAAGCUGUAUGUCCAUAAUUGUACGGUUUGUUUACACUGCUCCUCUCUUGAGUAUGAAUACGGACAUAAAUAAAUGAUAUAAAUGUGUCUGUCUGUCCUUCUGUCUCUGUGUCGGUCCCCUGGGUCAGCUCAGACUAAACAAACAGCUGUGUUUGUUAGGGGGGGGGGAAGAGCCACAAGAGUCUCCUGUUUAGUCAGCCAUCUCCGCACAUGCAACCACACAUAUGCUCAUAAGCACACACAUGCACCCUUCCACAUGCCCUCCUCUACCUGCCCUGCUCUGCUGUGAGCUUUCUGCCUCCCCCACCAACCCUCUUACUGUCUGCCCCCUCUGUUCAGUGUAAUACUUGCUCUCAGACCAGGAGGAAUGCCACUCCGUGUGACCUCUCACCUACAACAAGGAGGGGUGCCGGUUUGAGUCGAGGGAGCGAGGGGGCAGCUGCAGUCAUGUGCCAGGGCCUGGGAAGAAACACACACACACACACAUACACACACACACACACACACACACACAGAUGAAACAGCCACAUUUUAUAAUUCUUACUUUGUUUAUUUACAUGUACUGAUGGAGCUCUCGAUUUGGUGCUCUGCUUCUUUCCCUCCCUUUGUGACUGUCUAAAAAGAGUAGGAUGCUCUGCUUUGCUCUGCUCAAGUGUGUGUGUAUGUGUGUGUGUGAACGUGCGAGUGAAGUGCAGCCUGAUACAAAGAAGUUAUUGUUGGUGUGAGGGGGCCUAAGGGGAGGCGAGCCGUCUGAUUGGUUAAGACUAUUGUGUCUCACUUUGCCCAUUUUGCCUGUCACUGAGGAUGUCAUUACAGCAGCUCUGUGACUCUCUGCCUCCUAUGUGCUCAGAGAUCAACUGAGGUCUGGAGUUAUUCGCAGAAAUAUGUAGACUAAACUAUGAAAGUGUUACUCUAUAAGCUUAAAACUGAAAGAGUAAUGUCUAGAGUAGUUCUUAGAGUCAGUCAUUUGUGUCUUUUCAACUGUUUGUUGGCAUCGCCUGCUUGAAAUCAAUCUGCCCUGCAGCACUGUAGAUCAUAGUUAGUUUUAUGGAUGAUUGAUAUGUAAACAGGAUUAAUCAUACACUCUAUAAAAUUCCUGAAUCAAGUUCAGAUUUAUAGUCCUUUCAUUUUUAGUGACUGAAACUCAUUUGGUUUUGUUUUUUGCAGGCUUUUGGCCAAAAAAUUAAACUCAUGAUGUGUUUUUUUUGCAAUAAUGAUGUAUUAUAUCAAAUGGUUGAUUCUGGUAAUGUUAUCACAUUUUUAAUACAGUUUUUGGUUUCAAAUGUGCAGGUUAUGCAGAUUUUUAGAAAGCUAAGAAAGGCUAGGAUGCUUCGCUGAGCAUAGGGCUGGGCGAUAAAACGAUACAGAUAUACAUUAAAACUUUAUUUCCCUCAAUAUCAAUGUAAAACAUGGUCAAUAUGCUUUUCAAUAGUCGGCAUUCUGCCAUGUUUUGAAUAGCCAAUGAAAAAGGUGAGUUUCUCCAGGUCCACUUCGCGCUGAACCAAUCAUGUGCUGAGUUAGCACCAAGUAGCAAACAACUGCGUAGUAGCAAGCUGCAGCUACACCCAACCAUAGCACUUUAACAGCGCGACGUCGAAGAGACACAAAGACCUCACAGAUGCAGUAGCUAAUUGUAUUGCAGAAGACAUGCUACCAAUAUCGACUGAUAUGAAAAAUAUGUAUUGUGAUACAUUUUUUCCCAUACCGCCCAGCCCUAUCUGAGCAUGCAACAAUUUCCAUUCCAAGUCUUCAUCCGCCAAGCUUAGCACACUUUGUGGACUAACAUCAAAGGUCCAUAUGCCUGCGGUAAAACGUAUGUCACUGAUGUUGUUGUUGAUGAAACAGUGAAUGUGUGCAGAGAUCACAUCAUUCAGGGCAUGUUGAGAUCCGUCUGCUGAGCGGAGUUGACUCAGACUGCUUUUCUAAAUAUGCCAGUAGCUGGUAGAGAAGCCUCGCUCUUUACCUCGGAUAAAGGCGGGUCAUCAGAUGCUGUCACGUCUGUGAUUUUGUCAUUCACUCCUUUAGAUUUGAGCUCCAUCUGCAGUUUUCAAAUGAGCUCUAUUACACUCUUUAGGUUUCAUUGGUGUGAGUUGUAGUUGUUGUGGCUACUUCUGCUCUUCAGGUCAUUUUACUGUGAUCAUAGCUUUACAGAUGACUCUUACUAUGUGUUGUGUUAAAAGUUGCAGUUUCUUCCUCCUCUCAGAAUACUCACCGCACGUGUCACAAGUUACAAUCCUGUUAUCCUCCUUUGAAACAGGUUAACAACCACUCUGGUGAUGCCAGUGUUACUCCCUCAUCACUAAGUUGCAGCUGUGCUUAUCUUCCUCCAUGCAUGCAAUGGCAGAUCAGAUACUAUACCUACCAUAUGCGGCUAUUUAUGAGUAAAAGAAAGCAACUUGACUCAUUUUUUAGUAGAUUAAAAAAAACUAUUAAAAAAUGUGUAAUCAAUACGUUUACAUGUUGUUCAAAGGAAUUGAUUUAUUGCUUUGGUCAGACUAAAACUGGACUUUUAAAAUACAUGGGAACAGUUCUGACAUUCAUUAAGACUGAAGUUGCACUAAAUCAAACUUCUCAUUGUCCCACUGACAUACUUGGAUAAUGCGGUCGGGAAAUCAAAUUUCUCUGCCAUGUAUAUCUUAAUAACAGUUAUUUCAGCAGCACAGUGAGUGGGACUCCAUGUUGACUAGCGGUGGGAGAAAAAAUCGAUACAGCAUAGUAUCCCGAUAUUUUGUCUGGUGAUAUAUGGUAUCGUCUAAUUUAACAAGUAUCGAUUUUUUCAAAUGAAUUGCUAAUAUGAAGUCAAAUCUAUGAUAAUGGAAAUAUAAAAUCAACUGUGUGUCCAGUAAGGUUGGCAGAGGUGACACCAUAGAGCAGGAGAAAGUUAGUACAACAAAUAUAUAUGAGGUUAGCAAGAUGUGCUACAUGAAAAUAAAAUACUGUGUAAAAAAGACGAACAUAAAGGAGAGCCAAAUGCUAAAUUAGCUAAACGGUUGAUGAAAUUGUAUUAAUCGCAGUACAUUGUAUCUCAAUGCUCACUGUAGUGCAAAAUGUUAAACAUCGCAGUAACAUCGUACAGUGGCCCAAGUAUCGUGAUAAUAUCGUAUCGUGGGGCCACUAACGAUUCCCACCCCUAAUGUUGACUUUAUGUGUUUGAAUUGAAAAAGAAAAAAAUAAUUCCAGUGCAAUAAAGCAUCAUUUUAUUACUCAUGUAGGGACAUACAGGUGAAGUGGUAAAGUCUUAUUACCCUUGUAUAUAGAAAAUGAUGCAAUUAAUUUUGAGUAACUUACCAGUGAGUGGAGCUUGGCCGUUACACACCACUGUUUACCACAGAGGAAGUGUUUAAUCUCGGCAUAGCUUCUGUCUUGAAUUACCCAUCAUUCCACACAGGAAGUCAUCCCUUAGGAUUUAGAGCAGCUCAUUGGCUGUUAAUUGUUUCCUGUUGUACUGAAGUGGUACGAUUAGCUCAUAUGGUGCACAGGGUAUGUUGGGAAACACAUUUCUUUGGUUUUGUGCGGUGUGUUGUGCACAUGUACGAAUGGGUGUGUAAUUUAAAUUCCACGAUAAAUGCAUUGAUUAAACAGCUUUAUUUGUAUUUAUGAGGCACUCUAACCUGUAUUUGUGUGUUUUUUAUGCAGUUGUGUGUAUGUGUGUGUGUGUGGCCAGCCUCCAUGCUUGUGCACAUUGUCUUUGUGCUGACUGAAAUGCAUAAAGCUGUCACUGGAGGUUCGGCCACGUCCAUAAAAGGAACAAUUGCGACAUAAUCGCUGUAAUAAUCACUCUGAAAAAGUCCCCUAAUGUGGUUCUUAGCGCUAUUCACACAUAUGCCUGCACAUGCACCAUUAAUGCUAAUAGGAGGGAUUAGACGUACACUUUGUGUAGCAUGUAAAUGUGUCUGUCAUUACUGAGAGGGUGAAAACCUCCAAUUGCACCGUAAUAACAUGCCAGGGUUCAGCCAAUCAAAGGCUUUUGUUCAAAUUGAGUCAUCUAUGCGUGAGCGUGUCCGAGGAGACUGUGACAAGGAGGCUCAUGGGUGUUUUGCUGCUAUCUUUAGGAGCACUCCAAUCUCCAGGAUUACUGCUGUGGUCGUAGGAGGGAAUAUUUUACUUGACACCUACUGCUGUGCAUUAAAUCUGUUGCUUAAAGGAUAAAUGUGCUCUACUGUAGAUCAAAUGCUCGAUAAUGCCAAGCAGGAGAGCACAUAACAGAGUAAAGGGGAAAGUUUUUUCCCAAAUAAUCAGGCCUUUUGUUUUGCUAAAUUGUGGCUUUAGGCUGAACACAUAGUUUUGGGAUUGCAGCAUUAGUCUGAGAUUGGAUGUUUUGAAUGGGGCCCAAUUUUCCAAACUUUCCCACCCAACUUUCCCAGAAGAUGCCUCGGCUGGCACAGGAGCUGCCAGGACUGAGAAAGUGAAGCGUUGGCAAAGCUAGCAAACACAGAGUGAUAUAAGAAAAGAAAAAAAAGUGAAACACACACACACAUUUAAGGCAAAAGGCUUGAUCCCAGUGAUCCACAAACUGUCCCACCUUGACACCCCCCUCCUCCUCUUUCCUUCCCCCUCUUCUCCUCCCUCUUUUCUCUCCCCUGCCGUGGGUUUCCUCGGGCGCAUGAAUGGAAGUCUUUAUUCCCGGGAGAACUGGUGGGAAGAACGAGAGAACGAGAAACAGGGAUGGAGGGAGGGGGGGGUGGCAGAGAGAGGGGAGGGAGGGGAGGGGAGGGGGGGUCUGUGAGAGUGGCCGCAAGAUCAACACAGUGCCUCUUUUCUCCUCUGUCGCUUUUCCCUCCUUUUUCUCUGCACCCCCACCCCCCUCUCCUUCUUCCCCGUUUUAAGUGCUGUGGACACAAAGCCGUGUUAGUAUUCAUGGUGUUUGUUUGCAGAGGAGCUGUGUGUGUGUGUGUGUGUGUGUGUGUGUGUGUGUGUGUGUGUGUGUGUGUGUGUGUGUGUGUGUGUGUGUGUGUGUGCGCAGAGCUGUCAGAAACCCAGAUCACAGAGAAGCAGCGCUCUGAAUGGAGCUGGAGAGAGAAGGGGUGAAGGGGGGGUGGAGUGGGGUGGGGUGGUGGAAGAGGAUGGUAGUUCCCACAGGGGGAGAAUGGUCAGCUCCAGAAAAGAGAAAAGAAAAUGAAGAAAAGGAGGGAUGAGAUGAGGAGGGGAGGGGGGGCAGCACACAAGGCCACAGGGGCAGAGAGAGACGGUGUGGUGUCAAAGCCAAGGAGAGUGUGUGAAGGGGAGAGAGAGAGAGAGAGAGAGAGAGAGAGAGAGAGAGAGAGAGAGAGAGAUGGGUUCAUAUCAGUCAUAAGAAAUUGGGGAGAACAAGUUUUUUAAAGGGUAAAGGCACCUCUCUCGUUUUUUUUCUGCUGGUCCUCUUCUUCCCCUCUCUCAUUCUUUCACUAACCCCCCUCCUCUCCUGUCCUCUCCCCUCUCCUCCCUCCCCAUUUCUCUCUCUCUCUCUCUCUCUCUCUCUCUCCCUCUCAUUCUCUUUGUGUGUCUGUCUGGACAGCUGCCCAGUUCCAUACACAGGGAAAAAUGAAACACUCUAACCACCGGGCGUGCAGCCAAAUAAAAGGCUGCGAAAAACUAUUUGAAGGGCAGCAUGUUUGUGUGUGUGUGUGUGUGUGUGUCUGUGUUGGCGUGCAUGGAGUUUGUGUGUAUGUUUAGUCCUGUAUAUGUGUGUUUGUGUUGUGCUGGGGUUGUGAGAUUUGGGUGUGCCUGUUUAGGGUGUUCUUUUCCCAGUAUAAUGGUGCAGCCAGGGUGCUUAGUGUGUGUAUCUGUGUGAGUGUGUGUCUGUGUGUGUGUGUUAGAGUUUAGGUUUAUUCAACAGUGGAAAAUGAGAGGCUGCAGGAGAGGAAAGGACAGGAGGGGCCGUCACAUACCUCCCCUCACAUCAAACUGGAGGAGCGAGGAGUAAGAAUUUCAGAGCUUUUAACAGCCCGCCGAGUGUGAACGUAACUUUCAGACACACUCUCUCAUGUAUUUGUCAGUAAAUAUAUGCUGACUCAUUUGCAAAGUGCCUUCCAGUUGGGUGAUUGCAGCACUUAGUCACAUAUUAUCCCUGACCUCCUCUGCCGCGCUCUGACCUUAUCUGAUGGUUACAUCACGGGCUGAAAGGAAUGUGCGGCUCUAUAUCUGCUCCAGUUCCAGAGACGGAAGAGCUCUGACUGACUGAGACCAAUUCAUGUUGUUACAGUGCUCACCCAGAGGAAGACAUCCUAGAAAUGGUUGUUGACCUAGCCACAGAGCAUGACCCUUAACCCCUAAACACAGCCCUGAGAGCCCCGAGGGAGGGAGAGUGCAUCAAACAGACUGAGGACUGAACAUGCUGUGGCUCUGGUUUGUGUUGGCCCCUCUCCUUAUCGGAGCGUGAUCAGCGGGGACUCGAGGAAGACGGACAGAGAGGAAAAGGCCGAAGCCUUGUGGCUCUGGUGUUUGUGUGCUGCUCCAGAGGGUCAGAGUCCAGGGAGAGUGCUGAUUUCUUGAGCGCUGCCCCCUGCUGCAGACGAGCAGCAGCACAAGGAGGUUACAGCCCCAAAUCAGAGUGAUAUUAUCGACUUUAAUCACAAAGCACCUUUCAGACAAACGAGCAGCUUUAAGUGAUUCACAGGAAGAUGAGGAGAAGGAGGAAGACAACUUUAAAAAUGUGUCAGAAUAAAUAUUAAAUAGAGAAUAAAACAAUCAAAUAUUAUAAACUAACAACAAAUGUAACACCACGGAUGAGGAUAUUAUGUUUCAUCCCUUACUCUCUUAUCCUUGUGUUUCCUGUCACUCUUCAGCUGUCCCUCCAGUUUUAAUAAAAAUGGCCAAAAAAAGCCCUAAAAACUGGGGCUUAGAAUACAUCAUAACUCUGGAUUGAAAAGCAGAUUAAAAAACAGGUCAGAGAGAGCUUCCUGUCUCUCUAGAGGAAGUGAUUUCCAGACUGGCACUAUCACAUGACAUAACAUGACACGAUCAGAACAACAUUUUCUGACAUUGAUGCAGUCAUGCAGAGGGGGAAACAUUCACAUCAUUAUCUCAUGAACAAGGGAAAAGCUGCAGGAAUGACCGGAGCCGUACGUGCACUGUCUGGAAAUCAAGGAGAAUAAGGAGUCCUCUUUGUUCUGUGUUGACAACAAAAACCAUGGGAGUACCUCCAUCUAUUUAUAUUUGCUUGUGUUCAUAUCAGACUGAAAAUAUUUUUCCCUCGAACUGCUUCAUGGAGUGUUGGAGGUACAGAGGAGGGGAGAGGGAUGUGGUAUAAGGGCGGAAACUAAGAACAAAAAGCUGAUCUGGUGCCAAACCACAACCAGAGAGGAGGGUGAGCUCCCUAUUCCUGUCUUUUUUUCUCUCUCUCUCUCUUCUCUUUUGCUCUUCUUCCUCUAGUCAGAAAGGUGUACAUGCCCCCAUCUCUCUAUUAUCUCCCUGUGGUUGCUGUGUGGUUAGAGGGAGGAUACAUUUUAUAUGUGUGUGUUUGUGUGAAUCUAACCAGCUCGAUCUUCAUGUCGCUCUCUUCCUUGAACCUGUAACAGCAGGCACUCUUGGAUAGGUUAAAUGAGAAAGCUGUGUAUCAGGUGUCUGUCAUGUUAUCCCUCCGUGGACUCACAGGGUCCCUUCUCCAGUGUCAUCGUGAGCACAGUCACUCCUCUACACACACACACACACACACAAAAGGAUAUUGUAGCUGUUUGUUGAGGAUAAAACUGAGAGUGUGUAAGUGUGUGAGUGCAUUUUGUUAAUCAUUUACAGUAUUUGCUUGUAUUUUUCAAGUGCGUUCUCAUCCGCAAGUUGUGUUACUGAGCAUCAUGUGCAGUUUUUUUUCAUGCCUUGCAUCUGGCCGAUUAAUAGCUUCUGCAGCCACUGUGCAGGAGCAAAAUGAGUGUAAGUGUUUGACUAAUGACAGGAGAGCAAAGAGGAAAAGGGAAAGAAGAGAUUUGAUAGAAAUAGAGAGGAGCUGAAUGGAAGCAGAAGUGGCUGAUGAUUUAAGGGCUGAACAGGACAUUAUCAGGGUACAAAGAUGAAGAGUUUUCCUUUUGAAUAUGUGCAUGAUAAGGUCUUUGUACAUCAUAUACUUCCUGUUGUAUGUGUGUGUGUAAGAAUGUGUUCAUUGUGCAAGUUGCUCAUCCAUAUCUAGAGCUGAAUUAGUAGCCGGACUGUGUGUCACACAUUAGCGUUUUGUUCCGCUAUCUGUGAUGGCAGGAUUUCAUAAAUCCUUUGAAAUGUGUACAUCUACUGUAUGCAUGUGUGUGUGUGAGUGUGUGUGUGGUUGCUUGCCUGUGUGUAUAUGCUGAGAGGCAGGCCUGUGGUUAGGUUACAUCUCCCUGCAGCGCAGCAGAACAGUGUCUUGUUGCGUCAUACUGAGUCUGUUAAUAACAGGCUAAACCACAAAGGCCAUCCGCUGCUCUAUUUCUCAUCUUCCAGCCGAACACUGAUUAUGCAGCACGGAUACAUCCAGCAGGGUUUUACUGUGUAACACAGCUCGACAUUUGUUUAGCAUUUCAGUUUUACAUGAACAAAUGUUACUGGAGAAAUGUUUAACUUUAAAUUUGCAGCCCUUCAGAGUCUGUCUAGUUCAGAGCCCAGGGGUAAACAGUUUGAUAAUGUUAGAUGCAGCCGGAAAAAGAGUCGAAAAGUUUCCAAUCAAAUCAAAUGAUGUGUUGUUAAUAAUAUUUGGUCAAGGGCAGUCUGGGACAUGGCAGAGCGAGACUACCGUUUUUAAUUCUGUGUGCAGUCAGACACCCAAACUACAUCCCCCCCAGCACUCCCAGCAUGCAACAUCCUUGCCACAGGAAUUUAAUUGCUCUGUAAACAAGCCUUUUGUUUGUGGCGCACUGUUUGCUCGUGCACACAAGAUGUAUUUAAAGACUCAGUCCUGCUGUGAAAAGAGAAGACUGUAACAUCGGAGAUUUGAUUUGUGCUGACAAAAAUCAGGCGUAUGCAGGACUGGAUGCUGUGCUACGUAUGCGUGUGUUUUCUCUUUGAAUAUAGUCUGGUGUUAUGAAGACAGGAAGUAUAGCAGGCACAGAGUUUUAAUCACAUUUUUAAAUCAUUAGUCUGUCUUGCUGCUGUAAUAAGUUGUCUUGUGAUCAGUUUGUGUAAUAACCAGACUUCGUUUCUCUUUUCUUUCGUUUCCAGACGUACGAGCGCCAGUUCAGAAUGCCUGAGCAGAAGGAUGGAGGCCUGCUGCAACUACUGGGAGAUCACACUCCGCCCAAACACCAGCUCCGCAGCUCCCUCCUUCCCGCGCACACACUCUCACACACACAGCAAACACAGCACGCCCACGCGCCUCAGUUCCACCAACACCAAAUCAAUCCAGACUGGAUCACGUCUACAGCACCUUCUGCUUCCCCAACCAAUCCUGCAGAUUCACAGACAUCCAGAGAACUGGGCCAGUCUUUCUCACGAUCAGCUACACACAGCCCCUCGCCUCAGAGAUCUCUGACUCCAGACCUGCAGCUGCCCGUGGUAACAGAUGCCAGUAUACUCAACCUGACCUCUCUCAGCAGGUACGGCUCAUUUUACUCUGUAAUGGGUCUUUUUAUGGGCCGAAAGUGAGCACGAGAACAAAAACUGCACACUUGACAUCCACUAUGUGAAAAACACAUAGAAAGAUGAAACAUGAAAGUGAGAAAGUGAUGCAAAAAUGCAAAUUCAAGAGAAAGAAAGACUUCAGGAUGUUAAUAUUAAUAGGGAUCUAAGAUUAUUGGUCUUUUACCCUCAUUUUGACUGUCUAAUUAUUUUAGAAACAGACAUAAAACAAGAUGAACAAGAUUUCCUAAAAUAGGUGAUGGAUGCACUCUUUUGGUGGGUUGGUUUCAUUAGGGUUUCAUCUACCAACAGAAACCGAUACUAGAUACAUGGACCCAUAUCAAGAUGACAGUUCUUGAGAUGCACAGUGACAUUUCCAGUGUUUCGCUCCGCCCUCAACACGUGUGCCUCACAAGCUUUGCAAAUAGCUAUGUCAUUAUCUGCUCCAGGGUCUCAAAAACACUUUCAUAUAGACCACAUGUUGAAACGUGUUCGUGGUCUCGCACCAUACGUACAUAAGAAGUCACCAUACUGGCAGAAAUAUUCCUAAAUCUGCUCAUACCAGUUAUUAACUUAUUGCACUUGUAUGUUGUGUUAAUAAUAUUGUGCAUCUGUGAUAUUCAUGUUUAUACACAUGUAAAUAAUGUUUUUUAACAGUUGAUUGAAAACUGAAGAAAGCGCGUUAUUCAGAGUUUCGAGAGUUGGUCAAUCUCUCUCCACUAAUUUCAUGUGUCAUUAUUUCUCCUCUGUUUACUUGUCUCCAGGGGGAGGGGCUUGCAGGAGGUCAGUGAGCAGCUCUUUGGGAACAUCAAGAGGAAGUACGGCAGGAAGGACUCCCAGAGGAUGCUCAGUAAUCCCCACAACGCUGAAACACCUUGGGGACGACAGGCAGAGAAAGGAUCGGAGAGCCCGACUGAUUCAGAAGAGAGACAGAAGUACAGGCAGGAGGAGACGGCUGAGCGCUUCCAUGAGGAAAGAGAGGACAGGAGGAAAGAGGACAGAGAGCGAGCAAAUGCUGGGAGGAAAGGAGAGGAAGAAGAAAGAGGGAUGCCCAUGCUGUCAGAGGAAGGGAAAGGAAGGAAGAGGAGGAGAAGGCCUUCAUUCGACGAGCCGUUUUCUGGAGAGGAGCAAUCACAGCAGCGACAGGAGAGUAUAGAGAAGCACCAGCCUGGGCCGCCAGAACCCAAAGUAGCACACAAGACGGAGACUUACAAAAAUGAUUCUCGGCUCAUAAGUCAGGCUGAUGUCAGCAGAGAACGGAUAGAGAGAGGCGAUAAAGGUGACAAAAGAGAAAAGGGAGAGAGGGUGGACAGGCCAGAGAGAGGUGAGGUGGUCACAACCGGGACCGACUCUGAGUCAAACAGGGUGAAGAAGAACCCCACUGGUCGUCCUAAGAUCAGCACAGAGGCCCAUAAACACAGAGAACCAACCCAUAAUCACAUCAGCAAACCCAUCCUCAACAUAAACCCCAGACUUCCAAGUCCAAACCCCAGCCCAAGUCCAAGGAGUAGCAUCAGCCCCAUCCCAAGUCCUAAACCCAGACUCAACAUUAGCCCCAGUCCAAGUCCAAGUCCUAGACCCCGAGCUGCCCUGAGUCCAAGUCCUAGCCACAGCACCAGCUCUACAGCCAGCUCUAGACAAAGCAAAACCAAGGAUAGGUGGUCCUACCUGAAAGUGAAAAGCCAUGCUAGUCUCACGCCACCCCAGAGAGACAUCAGGGCUAGCCCCUCUACCUUAGCUGACCCACCCUCAGCCUUCCCCAUUACCCCUUCCAGCCCCCUCUACACCAACACCGAUAGCCUGACAGUCCACACACCCAUCAAGAGGAAACGAGGACGCCCCAAGAAACAGCCACUUCUCACCGUGGAGACCAUCCACGAGGGCACCUCAACAUCACCUCCAAGCCCGCUGGCACAGGAGACCUCUGCAGGGCUAAUCCGACGUAGAAAGACACACGCUCUAAACACGCUAGUACAGACUACCAGCGUCAACUCUGCCGGUCUGAAGCUAAAGCGUGGCAGGGGUUUUUCUAGACCAGUGAACAAGAUGAAGCUGGGGAAAAUGCAGAGCAUCCUGAAUGAGAUCCUUUCAGGCUCCAAUCAGAAUGGCACACUGGCGCUCAAGUCAUCCUCUGCCCCAGUAACCUCAGCGAUGAGCGCCAUGGCGUCUACUAUAGAGGCACGCCUGGGAAAACAGAUAAAUGUUAGUAAAAGAGGAACCAUCUACAUCGGGAAGAAGAGAGGGCGUAAACCAAGAGCAGAAACCCAAGGUUCCAUCCCUUCCAAAACCACUAAAGACAAGCCGCUGAUGUCCGUUUCCACUUCUGGUCUCUAUGAGAGCCCUGCAGUGCCUUCCUCCACCUUGUCUCCCAGCUCUGUUGCACCAUCCUUAAGAGCCAGCCACUCUGACGCCACUAUGCCUAGUCUGCAGCCCAUCUCAGCCCUGCCCUCCAAGCCGCCCAGCAGAGGCUUCCUCUCUGGAGGAUGGAAGCUGUCUCCUCCACGCCUUCUGGCUAAUUCCCCCUCCCACUUGUCAGAGGGCGCAUCGGUGAAAGAGGCAACACUGUCCCCCAUUAGCGAGUCUCACAGUGAGGAGACUAUUCCCAGUGACAGCGGGAUUGGAACAGACAACAACAGCACCUCCGACCAAACUGAGAAAGGCCCCGCCUCCAGACGCAGGUGCGCUACAUGAUUUAUUCACCUUUUAGACAUUACGUAGAUAAGAUAUUUUAUUUGUUGAUUUUUUUAAAGGUGCAUACACUCGUGGUGAUGUGAAAGUGAUGAUAUGUUGUGCUCAAACAGGUACUCCUUUGACCUUUGUGGGUAUGAGGCCACCGAGGCAGCAGCCUUAGAGGCAUCCAACAGAACCAGCAGAACUCGCUGUGAUCGCCAAGUAACUGCGGUAGACAACUUCUUGUCACAGCAGGAAAAGAAGCAAAAACACCAUCGAAGGAAGAGAAAGUGCCUACAAAGUCGGGAUCAUCUUCACUUUCUUUCUGAACUGGAAGAGGUCAGAGAAAUAAUCUUGAAAUCUCUGUGUUACAGUCUGUCAGUGUGUUUGGUGUCUUUCUCUAAAUAUUUCUUCUUCUCUACCUUCCUUUAGGUCGUGUUGAAGCUCCAGCAGCUACGAGUGUCUCACAGACGAUUCACGUGUUACCCCCAGCACCCAUACCCAUCAAUUUUCCGCCUCAACUUCCAUCAUUACUACCCUGUUACCUACGACUCGUACUCCUGUGAAUCCAGCUCGUAUCUCCGCAGAAGUGCUGAUCUGAAGGCGAAGAGGAGACGUGGCCGCCCGGCCAAAGCCAGCGAGCCAAUCACGUCCAAGCUGCCUUUCGUUCAAGGAUACGGUUAUCCGCUGGCCGGGGGAAAUUACUAUGCAGCACCGUAUGCGAUGCCUUACGCACCUCAUCUGAGUCUGGGCUACUUCCCCCCUCCUCCUCCGUUUUACCUGCCCCAUCACUCACUGGGCCCUGCACCUCCAUCUCCCUUCAUGAGGCCAGCAGUCCCCCCACCCAAGGCUUUCCACUCAAGCGGACACCCAAAGCUCCAGCCGGGCGCCAAGCUGCGCAGCACCAGUGCCCCCCUCCAGGGGCCCUCAGUAAGAGAGGGCCUCGGCUCCCUGGGAAGUGGCAACGCAGGAAGUCUUGCAGGGGUUCGCCUCCACAAAAGGAAGCACAAGCACAAACACAAGCACAAGGAUGAACCCCUUCUUUCACUGCGAGAUCGCCAGGAGUUGGGCGGGCUCUUCAGCGGAGCCAAGACAAAUGCACGCCUCAGCAUGCUGAGUGACAGGAGAGACCUGACCAAUCAGAGCUCCUCAAAGAAUCUGGAGAAGCAGAGGAGCAGCGGGAGAGCCUCAGGCCUGGGAUCCAGCUUGGGGAUGUUUGAAUCAGACCAGCUGUCCACUCACUCUCUUGCUGAUAGCCAGUUCCAUUCCCGUCAGACUCGACAGCCAAUUAACAGCUUCACGAGCAGCUUCAACAGCCAAUUGCAGCGAUCAGAGUCUGCAUCUGACCUCAUUACAGGGUCACACGAGGACAAUUGCAGUGGGAGAAGCAGGAAGACGAGGCUCACUGUGUUUGGCGAUCAGGGCCUACUGGCAUUCCAAACUGCUCGGCAGAAGCCAGGACAAAUUGACAAGUGCUCCAGUCCCUCCCUCACGGGUAAGAAUCACAAGUGUCAGAAUGACAUGUUCCUUUUUGUGAAAAUAAUUUAUAUCACUGUCCCUGUAAUGUCAGAACCCAGCACAGCAGAAUGUUUCUAUUCAGAUCAUUUCUUUCCUUGACUUUUGUGGUGUUUUUUUAAGGUUGGCCUAAACUGCAGUAACCACCUGGUGCUUACUUACCUUUACCUAACAAAACAUUCAAACAUUCAAUUUCAGCACUGAAAUUAACUACUACUCCGAUUGCAAGGUGAUCCGAUCGUACAAUCGAGGCAAACUAACUCUUUGAGGAACUGAAAAACAACAGUGUGAUCGAGAAACAAAACUAAAACUAAAAGUGACUCAUAAAAAACAACUCCUCAGCAUAAGUAGUGUUCUUAAUGUAUGGCUUUCUUUUGACUCCCCGGUUUGACUGCAGGUUACGUGGUACAUUGCCUCCACAAGGCUUGUAUGUACAAAUCCAGUACUAUGAGUGAACACUGGAUGUGCACGCUUUAAAGUAAACUAUAAGUUACUCCAUUUGUUUCAGAAUGGUAAAAUCUGUUUGUGUAAUAUCUUGACCUACCAUGGUCGCAGAUCUGUUAAUGUAGUUAUAUCAGGAGCAGAAACUAAUUGGAGUGUGGCUAGAAAUUUUCAAAUGUAAAAGCAUAUUUAGUCAAAGUUAACAGGGAUUUCACCAUUUUAAAUGUACAAGGCAGCAUAAUCUCAAGGUGGCCCCUGUUUAUAAAUGUGCUGUAUGCAGCAUGAUCAGGUCUCUGAGCAGACAAAGAAGCAGUGGAGCCCCAUAUACUAACUACCAGACUGAUGUGUAUUUGGUACAUUCUGUAUUCGGCUGUCUUUGAGCACAUCUGGCUGGGGAUAGAGAGAACGUAAUGCAUGGAUGGAGACAACUAUAAUUCACCAAUCUCUCCUUCCUCCCCUCCCUCCCUUCCCCUCCUGCCAAUGCCUUUGCCAGAGAUAUAUUAUUCACAAAGUGUGAUUUAUUUUCUACAGACACGCCGUAAAAGGCCCUUGCCUGUGUUAAAAGAGCUGGCUGCCAGCCAGAGGUUUAAUGACUGGGGCCUAGUCCAGUGGCAGGGAGGAGAAGCCAGGGGCUCAGUUAGAAUACAACCCCCACCCCAGGGGAACCAGGACGGAUGACUCAUAUACACGCUACCCCCCCCCCCCCCCACACACACACACACACACACACACACACACACACACACUCCCCCACACUCUACGCACAACCCCCCCAUCCAUGUUAUUCCUCCAGUGUUGUUAUUCUUCUACCUUCCCUGUCUUCACCUUUUCCCCCUUUCUGCUGCUUCUGCACUUCUUACCCUUGGUUUCCAUUUUUUGCCUUGAUCCCACAUUAUCCACAUGCACAUACCAACUUCCCCUCGUUUCUCCGCCUCUUCCUGCCCCCCCUUCCUUCCCCAGUCUCUCCUUCCUACUUCCCUUUCUCUUUCUGUUUCCCCCCUCUUGUUUCCCCUCCCCCUCAUUCCCCUAUUACUCUUGACAUCCCUCUUUUCUUCUGCCCCUCCUUUUGCAUGACUUACUGCCUCACUUCACAGCUUUAGCCCAAUUAAAGCACAGAUGCAUGUGCAUGCACAUAAAUGCAGCACAACCACAUGCACACACACGCACACACACAGUAGAUACAUUUCCAUCAGUUGUUGUACAGAUGAAAAAUUUCUUUUUAUCAUGGAGGAUUUAUCUGUUAGUCUAAAGAAAAUUUUGUCAUAGAGUGAGCUGAUAGACUUUCCACUUUUCAAUUAUUUGUGUGUUUGUGUGUUUUCAGACUUCAUUAUUUUACCAAUCUGCAGGUCAGACAAGCACACAAAUAUUUUUCACUAAAAAUAAACGUCUUUAGGUCUCAUGAAUAUCCUCACCGAAGCAGAACAGGGUACAUCACAGAUCACCGUGUCCUGUCUUAAACCUGGUAUUGGUCACUACAGGACCAGCAGACAUUAGAGCAUGUAUCUGUGUGUAGUUGUGGCUUCCUGCUCCACAGAGAAACAGGUCCUCAGUGCUAUACGGCCCCUCACACUGCUGAAGGUCACCGGUUUUAUGUUCCGUGUAUGCAGCUCAUAAAUUUCUGCUACUUUGUAGUGUGCUUGUGUGUGUGUUUGUGUAUGUGUGUUUGAGUGAAUGAGAACCGAGCGUGUGCACAUUUCGGUGCAGCUCAUAAACUACUGCUACUUAGUGCUUUCUGCAUUAGACUAAUUUCACUGUCUGCACAGAAUACUUGAGCAACAAUAGAGAUGUUCAGCUGAGAUUUAACUCAAGGGUGCGAAGGCCUUUCCUUGUUGUCGAGACGUUAACAAAAACGAUCCCACUGAGCAUUACACUCUGAAGUUUGAGUUUUCUGUUUAACAUUUCCUUUUUUCAGAGCUAAAAAACAGAGUAACAGACAAAAUUGCAAAUAUAUUUACUGUCUGUUUGUCUCAAGCCUUGUUAAAUCUCUUAUGAGCCUGACUAAAACAAAAAUGAACUAUCCUAACCAGGGCAGCAAUGUUUUAUGAAACAAAGAAAAUAAUCUCACAGCAAGUGCACAGGCUUUUAAAAAUUAAUCUGCAAUCCUGCCUGGCAUAUUUGUUAUGUAAAAUUCAGAGCCAAUUUGGUGAAAAGCAGUCCACUGUUCAAGCACCUGCUGCAGAGUAUCAGCAGGUUUGGAAAUAAACGGUUUGGAAAUGGAGUGAUAGGAGUAAUAUCUCAAGAAAACCAAAUCCAACAUGUUGUACGCACACUGCUUGGGGACUGGUGUCUGAUUGUGCUUUUCCUCCAUUUUGGCUGUGGCUCCGUCUGAGCCUCGGGAACAGUGCCCAGGCAGAGGAGGAGGGGUAAGAAAUGGGGGCAGAGAUGGGAAACAAAAAGAAUAACAGAGACCGACUGAGACCAGGAAGUGGUUUCUGAUAUGGAGACGGAAAUGAAGUAGCGCUGUGUUACCAGUUUAAUUGAAAAUCAGAGAGGAGCAUGUUGCAGAAGAAUGGAGAGGAAAAGAGACAGAGAGUGAUGGAGAAAGGAGGAAAGAGGAAUGAUAGAAUAGCAUGUAAAGGGCACACUGCCCAGUUCACCAGUGUGAAGGGAACAAUAUGGCCCCGGUUUCUUCUGCUCAGACAUUCUGAACUGCUGGAUUCAUUAUUUGUGCAUGUUGUGCAUGUGUGCGGAACUGCACAUGCUGUAUCUCUGUAUUUGUGUCUGUGUAUUUGUGUACAUGUGGGUAAAUGUGUCAAUAUGUGUGUUUGUAUUUGUGUGUGUUUGGCUUUUUGGCAGCCUGCGCUCCAGAUGCACAGGGUUGUUAUUGUGUGGCGACAUAUUAAAUGGUUGAAGGAGACAUUUCUGUGGGUUUCCUGCUCGCAGAAUGGGAUCUCCUCCUCUCUACUCUCUCUUCUCUGCUCUCUAGUAGACAAUUACAGGAUAGGAUCUGCUCUCCUGGCUCAGCUGGGCUUUCAAAGGCUUACAUGAAUAUGUCAAAAUUAGCAGGAAGCUCUUGUAGCAAAAAAAGACAUUCUCCCCCAUAAGCUAAACUGGCAAGAUGUCUUUCCUGGCCUCUCUAAGGCUGCUCAUUUUGACACUAGAAAGAAAGAAAUCUCUCUUGGCUCUUUAAAUAGCCCUUUCUCUUUUUUACUCUCGUAAGAUGUCUCAUCUCACUCAUGCUCACUCUCUUCUCCACCAGGUGUUCCCGGUAAGCGGAGGUACAAGCGACGCGAGGUGGAGCAGAUCCAGAAGGACGUGAGGAGGAUGCAUUCUUUGAACUUUGAGCAUGUGCAGAAGAUCCUCCGUGCCAAGCGCCUGCAGCGACAAGCCAAAACAGGAAACAACGUCAUCAAAAGACGGCCCGGACGGCCCAGGAAACAGCCCAUGGGGGAACCAGAGCUGACUGUCAGGAGAGAGGAAAAUCAGGCUGAUGGUCUGGGUUUGGACAUGUUGGUUGGUCGGAGAGGUGAUGCUAGGACUCUGGGGAUGCCGGUCUUGGAGAGGUGUGAUGACCUGCCAGGUAGGCAGAGCCUUAGGCCCAGCUUGAUCCCUGCGCCUCUGGAGUUCUCAAACCACGACUCCAUCUCAGCAACUAUUGAAACUGUGGUGCAUCAGGCGAGAUCUGUGCCUCCUCCAGCCAAAGCUGGGAAACGCAGAGGCCGCGGCCACAGCAGGGACGAGUUAUGGGCUCCCUCCAGUCUAUAGGCGCGCAGGAGAGAGGGACUCUGUUGCUGAAGGAGAACUGUGAUGGAGUCUGCGCUGUAUCAAGCCUACCAGAUGCAGUGCCCCUUAAAUCUUGGACUCCUCGGUGCACUUUGACUUGUUUCUGCUCUCUGAUCUGUGAGGAUUACAGCGAAGGAGCAGGAGGAGAGAGCACCUCCUGUGUCCUCCCUCUGUUUGUUAAACCAGACAUGAGCCUUUCAAGGAUUCAUUGGACCUUCAUUUACAAUGGCACUAUAUGGUACUAUUUGAUACCGAAUCUGAUGCUAUAAAGUGUGUGGUACUUAUGAUAGUUUAGGAUACUAUGUGAUUCUUUAUGUAUCUGAUACAGUGACGUGUAUGGUACUUUAUGAAACUGUAUCUGAAUGUGGCUUUAGCCAUAUAUUUACCAGCAAGGGGAGGGGGGAUGGUUAAUAUUAAACUGUGCAGCUCUUCUUAUUUUUGCCUUUUUGAGGAAGCUUGUCAAAGACAUUUGAGAUGAAACUGCAGUAAAUAAGCCACCUUACCCCAUUACUUCUCCCUGUUCUCGACUCCUUUCCCUAUUUGUACCUUCGUGUUUUACUCUUCCCUCUCGGAGUAGGAGCAACCAAUAUUUUCUGGAAACUCCUCACUCUUGAUCCCCUCCCUUCUCGAUACUAAUCCCAACCUUGGUGUGUUCCGCUCAACUUCAUCCCCUCUCGUCUUCUCCUUAUCAUAUUUUACAUCUCCCACGGCUUCUGCGCCCCCUCCUCUCAUCUCAUUUAUUCUCCCUCCCUGCUCAGGCCUGUCCUGAGUGGUGACAUCAAGGCAAUAUGGUGGAUAAAAAAUGUCCCAGACUGUACAUAGAAACAAAGUCCACUGUUGCCUGCUUGUUCAGUGAGAAACCAGCUCGUAGAGAUGUACUGGCACACAGUAUAUCGAAUAGAAAUGUUGUACAAUAGACAAUGAAAGUUGUGUAUUGUUUUAUAACCAAAAACAGACAUGGGUGCGACUCAAGACAAGUUUGUUUUCAGACAGAAAGAACUGCAUAUAAUCAUUCAUAUCCUCAUUAUUGUGUGUAUAACCAGGGGGCAUUGCAUACAGGAGGAAAAUCAGGUGUGAUUUUGGUAAACCUUAAAAUUGGUUUAAUGCACUAUGAAAAAAAACAUACACUUGCAUCAAUCAAAUGCAGCACUUACAUGCUUGUUCCAGCCUUAUGUUUUGGCCUUCGAUGGUGUGGAUACCCAUUCCAGAGAGCAUGCAUUAUUUUAAUCAAUUUGUAUAUGCAGGCUGCGCAGCCAAAAGCGUCAAACCGAAGCCCAGGUCUGAAUCCUGAUUGGACAGUUCAGUUGAAGAGGGCUCACAAACAGUGUUUUAAAAAGUGAAUCCCAUACUUUCUACUUUACAUGAUUUUUAAUCCAUAUUCUUGGAAGUUUUUUUUUUUCUUUUUAAUUAAAUCCAGUAUUUAGAUUUAGAAACCAAAGUCUCAGUAUUCAAUGUAAGGAUGUAUUAUUUAAAAGAAUAAAUCAGAGUUUGACAAACUCUCCAUCAUGUUGGCACUAAAGUAAGCAUUCCUGUGUGCACUCUAGAAUGUAGCCAUCUUGAAUAUUCGUGUCAAUAUGUUAAGCCUUCGUUAAACUCUACAAUGUAUGUGGCUUUGCAUAGUGGUUGGUAUUGUUUCUCAAAUAAGUAUUCAGAAUAUAAGCAAUGGAUCAGUGUUUGUUUGGCAACUUUGUUUUGUUUCAGGAGACUGUCUUCUUUGGCUCGGGUGGGAUUCUCAGUUGCAGCAGUUCAACUUGUGCCUUAUGUUUCUUUCUCACACCAAUUACAUUUGACCCGAGAGAUACCGCGUGGCAAAGAGUGCCCCAGAAAUUGACCCCAAAUAUUCAUGAUUGUGCAUAUGAAUCAUGUGUCUUAGUCAUCAGAGCCCUGACACUUUCCUGUGUCCAUUCAAAGCUUCCAUAGUCAGCAUCCUCUGUCACCUGGCACCUCGUCUGUCUCCUUGUGUCCCAAGAUUCUGGCCGAUGUCACUUAAACACAACUAGAAGGGCUGGACCGACGGAUACUAACGGAUGAAACUAAAGAACACACGCAUGCGCUGGCCUCUGUACUGCCCUACAGUAGCUCUGGAGACAGAAAGGUCAACCAUAUCGCAUGUGUUUCCAUCCAGAGAUAUUGAUAGUACUCUAUGUCCCAGAUACAGCUGAAGAUCAUUAUGGCCGACCAGUUCUUCACCAGUUAUUUACAACAUACAACUGGUAUUCAGAGAAGGGGCAGAGGAGGUUGCCAUUAAAACCACAUUCUCGUACAUUGUUGUUUGCUAUGCAUCAGGCCGUGCCUGGCAAUGACCUUAAAAGGAAUUUCUGUUCUGGGUCCACCCUUUGACAAAGAGAAAUAAGUGGUCUUAUUUACUGAAGAAAAUGAAUUCAUGUAACUCGAAUUGUGAAUAAUACCAGUAAUAAUUUGUAAUAAGUUGUGCAGAAAGUGACUAUCAUUUCAUGAAAACUAUAGUUACUGCAGUACUUUGCAGUACAGCCUUAACCAGAUGUAAACCUACAGUAUUGACGUGUUUGUUGUAAAUAGUGUUAGUAUGUCCAUCCUGCAUGGAUACCAGUUGGGCUCUGCUAUCUGGGACUGUCUCCGUAAACCACAGUGGACCUUCUUCCCAAAAUAAGACUGCUUACGAUCAAAAACAUUGAGGAUUUUUUUUUACACUAAUUGUUUUUUUUUUUUAUUUAGCAAAUUUCGGCUGUACACUGACCAUCAUGGCUUCAUCCCUGAAAUUACACAAAAUGCUAAAAGGAUUUACCUUCACGCCGUUAAAAGUUGUUGAAGGAUAAAAACCCCACUGUAGUGUACCUGACCAAAAAUAGGAAUCCCUACUGACAUGCAGCUUUUUUUGCCUGCAGCCAAUUGGGGCAGUGCAGUAGCAUAAAGAGUAAGCAAGAAGGUUGUGUGUAAGCUCUCAGAGGAAAUAGCCAAAAAUACAUUCAUCCUAAUGUUAGUGUGCCUAACCUUGUUUAGCUAGAUAACUUUCAUCGGGUCUGCAGUCUGUGGUGGUGAAGAUGAGGUCUAGACAUGUGGUUCUUAAAGUGUAGAGACUACAUGCUUGGCAGCUUACUCCUCCAUACUGUGGUCAGACAGCGGUCUCUGGUGUAAGAGUUAAAGACCCCAGGUGUUGUCUGUCCUGUCUGUGUCUCCUACCAGCCAAUGCUCCGGUGCCUUCUAACACUGACAAGUAUUGUCCUAAUCCAGAGCUUUCACUCUACACAGAGGCUGCAGAGGGGAUGUGGUUGCGAUGGGGGUCCAAGAUUCCUCUUGGUUUACUUCGUUUAGCAGCUAAUCUGGACCAGUGGCAGCAGGAGGCCUCAAGCACUGAUGUUUGGGUCUUUUAUGUUGCCUUUGGUCUCAGCAUCAAGGGCAGCGCAGCAGUGUUUGACCUGAUAUCAGUGUUUGGGGUUUAUUAACUGUGGUCCACAUUUAACAAUAACUAGCGCGGAAUACAUCGGCACAGAGAAUAUUUCUGACCCCCCACCCCCCCAUUCCCUCUGUAGCAUACUGUGAUGGGUGUGCUACACAUGGAGUGAGGGGUCACAUGAGACAGAGCCUCAUUAAUGUACAUGUUGUCAUCCUCACAGCAUAUGUUACAGUUCUAAGCUAUAAUGUUAUUCAAAGCUGAAAGUGCAGAUAAGGCAUUGAGAAAACCAAUAAAUGUUCUUCUUCAGAGCACAAAGUGAGCUCUUCUAACAGUGUGGGCAUAUUUUAGUUUGUAUACAUAGUGUAUUUGAACCUUUUUCUAGAGUGGGUUUCCUUUAUUUGCAUGCUCAACUUGAUUGUAUGCAUAAAUAUUUUAGACAAGCCGAAAAGUUGAAUUUCAAUUGAAUUUGGAGCAAGACUUGUACAUUGUUUGAUAUGUUUCUUUUUGUAAUGAAUUUUUUAAUUCAUGAAGCAUUUUUGUACAUUGUAUGAAUAUUAAAAACUGCAAAUAUUUGACAUAUAGAAGUAAAUACUAGAUGCGCAUGCAUAUGCAUAUAUCCUUCACAGUAUGUAUGUGUAAUUGUACACAUAUAUUUUGUAUUUGCAUUUGCUGGCAUACAGAUAUAUGUCUUAAGCACAUAUAUACAUGCAAUAUAUAUGUAUAUCCAUGUCCCUGGCAUGCUUUUGGUCAUGUUUAUCUCUCAUGAUCAUUGUAGGUUCUUUUUGUUUGCUUUUGUUUUGUUUCGUUUUUUUAAUUUCUCUUUCCUCAGAGACAAAAGCUCAUUCUUUUGCUACCCUUCUGUUGGCUGGCAGCAUUGAGCACUUAUUAAAAAGAUCUACAGUUGAAGUUGUUCAUGUUAUCCAUUGUGUGAAAUAAUAAAUGACUUUAUUGACAGCUUAUAGUGGCAUCUAUUUUCUCUUCUUGGUGUGAAAAAUCAAUAUAAACGUGUAAAAACAGCCUGGUCACAUGCAGACAUGGCUAAUUUAAAAGCUCAAAUUCUUCAGGCUGGCUUUGACUGUGUGUGUGUGUGUGUGUUAAAGCAUGUGCAGCUUGCAUAUGAAUGUGUGGGAGCUAAAUUACAGAAGGGUUCGCUGCACUGUUGGCUGUUGGAUGUCAGUAGGUCUCAGCGGAUGAGUACUGCUCCACUAUGUGUUCGCUCAUUGCGGUCAAAAGAGAGGGAAUCCUUUCAUCAGAUUAUGCCACAGCCUCACUCAUUCACACUCACACACUAUCACACACACACACACACAUACCUACACACUCUUACUCGUACUUGUUCAUUAGCCAAGCCUACAUCUCUAAAUCCUGCCUGCACUAGCCCAUCAGUGUCAGUUCAAGGUGGGCUGGGCUGCAGGCUGCUCUCUCAUUGGACAGAUCUGAGUGGGAAGUGCCCCACUAUUGGCUGCUGCCAACUAGUAAAAUUCUUCUGUUACCAUGGUUGCAGGGUGAGCUGCCCAAAUGUGUCUCAGUGUACCGAGUGGUGCUGAUGGAACUGUUGGCAUCCCCAGUGUUAUUCUGGAAAAAAAAUCCUUCUGAUGGAAGUCAGGGCUGCAGAAAGGCUGCACCCAAAUCACUCUCUGCUGAUGCCUGUAAAUGAGACGACAUGGCCCCACUCUACCUUCAGCACCAGAGAGAGGAUGGGAUGGAUCGCCAGGGCUGUGAUCACCAUAAAACAGCACAGAAAAACACAUCCUGCGUGAAGGAUGUACUGUGAGCCAGAGCGGCUCUUAAAAGAGAUAUACACAACACUUUCAGACGACAGGAUGAAAGAUAAUCAGAAUGGUCAUGUUCAGCAGACACAUCACUAUUUUACUCUGAAUGGCAGCAUGAAUCAGCAAUCAACAGGUAAGUUUGUCAUAAAUGUACAAACUUUGAACAUUUCAUCUAAUGACUUGGCCACAUUUUUCAUAUAAAUGUAAAUGUACAGCUCUCUACAUCUGAUCAACAGCGUUUGCCUCCAUGCAGGACAAAAGAUGCAGUGUGAUCAAACUGCAUGUAAACAUUUGUUACUGCUAGUGUAGUCCUAAUAAUGUGCAAACUGUCUAGCAACGUAUAUUAUUGCAAAGUAUUAUUAACCUUGUGUCACAAGACAUCUAUACAUGGCAACACAAUUUCUGCACACAGAGUUGCAUAUAAAUAAAAUGAGUAUAUUUAGAAUUGAAUCUGUGACGAUAUGAUGUAUGGAGAUACAGACCACAAUGAAAAUAUAGUGUUUAAGGAUCCUGCAUGUAGGGAGACGACAUGGCUUAUAAAAUUUGUGGUAAGCUGGUUUACAAUUUGGAAACUAAAAAAAAUUUCCCCUGUAAGGAAAGUGCUCCAAGAGUAAAGGAGGAUCCUUUUCCUCCAUAUGUGGAGUUUAAGGUAACCUGACAAUAUGUACACACAUAUAUUUAAGGGCAGCAUUUUCCAUCAAAUGACGACCAUUUUUAAGUGGUGUAUGACAACUAGGGGACCAAAGAGCAUUAUAUUAACAUUUGUUUGGUCAACAGUUGUGGGUUCAGUUCCUUGUCACAAGACAUUUCCUUAUCAAGGUAAAGAUGCCCGAAGAUAGAGCAGCAUUCAAUGUUGGCUGGAUUUCAGGUUUUACAGUCAGUUUAUCUCUUUUUUUUUUUUUUCAGGCUACCUGUGAUCACUUUUGGGGAAUUCAAACAGUGAACAUUGGUUUGUGUGUCAGCUUUUUUUCCCUGCAAAGCUUUGACAUGCAGACAGCAGAGAAGCAGGAGAGAGAACCUUUUACUUGGUGAGUAGUUCUCUUAAAUUAGCUCAUCAAACAGAAAAUCUGCUCACAUUUCAUACUUACUGGUUUAUUCAGACCCGUCUGUAUUCAAUUCUUUAUUUUAUUUUAUUUUAUUCUUGUAUGUUCAUCUUUUUAUUAUACUUCAUUAAAAAUUCAAUAAAAAAUAUCUGAGCAGGCCUUCAAGCCUGAACUUUAAAUGUUACACUGCAGGCAAUAUGUAAAAGUUAUGUUUCUCAAUAGGCAAAAUAAAUUUCAUGUGUUAAGUUUAUGGCCAUGUCAGAUGGGGGAGGCCCAAAUCUUUUGGCUUCAUCAUUUUUUGGCUCCAUCUUUUUUGUGGUCGAUCAUAACAGCCAACAGGAGGCAGCAUUCCUGGAAACACUACAGACUAUGCCCAGGUAAAGGUGUAAAACUCCAAUAUAGUAACAGGCCAAAAUCCGCAAGCUGCAUACCUAAAAUAUUCCGGUGUUGCUGGUGUGUAUUUAAGUAGAGCUUUGAAUGAGGGUAUAAUACACUAAGUGGGUCUUGAGUUACUGAUUCUUUGUCCCAUUACCAACCAACUUUAUAAGUAUUCAUAAGUUAAUGUUUCACUGCAGCAUACAGCAUGGCCUGCUUCCAAACUCUGCAGGUUCAGUUCUCCAUAAUUGUUAUUUGGAGAAAGACCAGCAACUUCUUUGGAUAGAAAUGUAAAUCGAGUGUCUCUCAGUAUGUAAAAUAUUAAAUUAACUCCAUAGCCUCUAGUGAUUUUUUUUCCCUGUUACAAUUUUAAACCAGUAUUGUCACUAUGUAUUUACAAUUUCAUCCAAGUCUUAAUUAAAAUUUGCAACAGGAUGCCCGAGUGUGUGCCAGUGAAUAUCAGUGACUGUUUGAGGCACGUCCACAACCACACAGACCACAAACACAUUAGACAGAGCCAUAAAUUUACAACAGAUAGUCCUGCAGUCCAGCCAACUAACCAGGAAGCCUGCCAUCUAACCAAGCAUCCCCACAAUUCAUCUUUGUCGCUGUUUUCAGAGGGUGACUAUUGCUUGUGUUUAUGAAGAUGGAUGGAGCAGGCAACAUCUAAGCACAUCCCCUCCUCUCACUCCUCCUUUCCUAUUUUUCUCCCUCUGCAUAGUGAUGGCAGUGUUUGUAGACACCAUCUGGUGGUGAAAAGUAUGAGUGCGUCUCAAACCUCUUAGAAACAAAAAAUUCCUGCUGUCACAUCCACAAGACAGAGAGCAUGAUCACUCACUGCAGGAGAAGUAGCAAAUUUAACAGGUACAUGGAUGCAGGUUUCCAGUUGAAGAUGAAGAAAAAAGAAAAUUGAAUGAUAAAAAUGUGAACUUUGACCUUUUAGACAGUCAAACCUGUACAGCUCGGUGCUUUAUUCAUAGCUUCACUGGAAAGAUCAGUGCAGGAAUUAUUGUAGCUGAAAGUUGGUCAUGUCUAUGUCUUUGUGUGCUGCAUAGGAAAAAAAAAUCCCCACCACAGAUAUAACACAAUGUGUUCUGCAUGGAGCUGGCCACUGUUGCCACGGUGACAGUGUGACUCAUGGCAGUUUGAUUUGGAUUUAGAGCUGUGCUGUGUUUAAUGUGUGUGAGUGUGAAUUCUGUCUGUGUGUGUGUGUGUGUGUGUGUGUGUGUGCAUGAGCAUGUUAGAAAUGUGCCUGCCUGUAUAUAUAAAUAAAAAGGUGAGCGUAUUAUAGGAUUAUAUUUGUGUGCUGGUGGGAUGAAAAAAAAAAGGAAAAAAAUUGAAAGGGAAAAUUUCCUGAGCGCUGUAGUAGAAAGUAAUUGUCCAACCCUCUCAUGUCUGCUCGGUCACAGUUAGAGCCUUUGUUAGCAGAUUGGCUCUGCCUUAGUCUCAUUAAUGAUGCCAACACUUAGGUAAUGUGCCUUUUUGAUGAGAGUAGGCCACUUAAUCUCUCUAUUCAGGCUCCAUCUUUCACACACAUACACACUCUCUCUUUCUCUCUCACACACACACACCUCCCCCUCAAUCCUCCUAAUAAGCUGUCUCUCUGUCUCCUGUAAUUUGGCAGACGAGUCUAUUAUAUGAUACAGUCAUAUUUUAUUAAUGGACCCCCGUAGCGAACACACACACCCCUUGGUGGAGGAGAUUAUGUGACGCACAGGGAGCGUGUCUCUGUGUUAAAAAUGAUUUCGGCUCCUCAGUUGGUUUUCAUCUGCACCGUUUGUCUGCUGUGUUGUUAGCGCCGGGCUGGAAGGCAGAACCACAGGCAUUCCUGCUGAAGUUGGCACUGUUCCUCCACACUUCAUUACACUUCCAUCAGCUUGGUGAUGGCAUGGAACAGAGCGGCUUCAAAGGCCGAAAACUGCAAAAUAAAAGGCAACGUUCAAUUAUUGAGUUAAACAUUUGGUGGAAAUAUUCUUCUUGUCUCUAUCUCUCUCUCUUUUUCUCCUCCUCAGUGUUGUACGGAUAAUUCAUCCCAUAUGUUUCAGCGGUGCCAGGCAUUUCAUUCUCGAUGCUGAACAGCCCUCCUCCAAACUGCUCAAAUACUUUGUACAGCCUCUUGAUGUACGACCCAACAACUGAGAUAUAUAUCUAUCUAUAUAUGCAGUAUAUUAUGUGUGUGCAGUCAUAUUAUAGACUCACAUCUUUUCUGUAUUCCUCUGUAGAUUCUCCAAACUAAAAGACUCUCACAGCUCACUUAGUCGACCAUAUAAACAUACUAUUAUUUGUUAAUUAACACCAAGUACAGCUGAGGCAGUGUCGUAUGCCAGACACUCUGCAAAGACUUGAUGACAAACCACAGAGUAGGAGUUUAAAUUUUGACCCAGUGUUGAAAAAAUAAUCACAAUUCACACCAAAGAGAGCAUGAAUGUGUGUCUGUACCAAGUUUUAUGGCACUCAGUGCAACAGUUUCCAAAUGUGAACCUCAUGGAGGAGCUCAAUCAAAGUCAGGGACUCACCAAAAUCAUGAGGCUUCAUCCUCUGGGGACCAUGAAUGUCUGUAAUUUAGUUAAACAAGGAUCUCAGACUCGAGUGGUUGGAGUGACAGACCAGUAGAUUUCCAUUAAACUAGCUACUAGACCAGAAAGAAGAGGGUCAGAUGUUAUGAUAUUCUGACCACAAUGUUGUGAAGUACUCAAUCAUGACAUACUGUGGAUUUAUGGCGAGAAUUUUGAGCACAGAUUCAUCUUUGGGUUUCCACCUUUAAUGAAGCAUGUUUAAUAUGACCAGGGAUGCACUGAUCUGCUUUUUUAACCUCCGAUACAGAUAUAUACAGUUUAGUAUCGGUCAAUACCGAUCCAAUCUGAUACAGAAAAGCCGUGCUGAAUUACCUUUUGUUGUGACCUGAAGUUUUACCACUGCCCCUCGGAACGUUUACUGUGCAGGUAUUUCAAGUGGCCGUUGAGCUUGUAGGCUGCGGUAUUGACAAAGUUCAAGAUAACAGACCCAUUUGCUCGCUCCAUUUUGAAAACAAUGUGGGCAUCCGCUCAGCUGUUUACUUGUGUAUGCCACUCACAGCGCAUAGUGUAGAGUUAGACUGAAUAGAUCGGCCGCUAUGCAUCAGGCCCAUUGUUGUGAUACCCGAUCUAGAAUUAUCUUCAGUAUCGGGACUGAUACGGAUAGCAAAUAUCGUAUCGGUGCAUCCCUAAAUAUGACCUUAACCAGUUUCCACAUUCAGUUUGAUUAAGCUUUAUUGGCAUAAAAGUUGGGACAGUAGUCCCAGAUGAUCAAAAAUAUAACCCCCAAAACAGCCGAAAACAAAAUAAGAAAAUUAAUCUGUCAACCACUCCUUUUUCUUUUCUCUGUUGAUCUAUCUCUUCUAUUCUCUCUCCCUUAUUCACUCUUUUUGUGCACCCCCCACCCCCUUCUCUCUUUGUCUUAGUCUCCUCAUUCACUCGGGAACACAUACAAACAAGGUACACACACACUUUGGUCAGUAUAGAGGUUUGCCCGCCGCUUCAAGCAUGAAAGAGAAAGCCUCCAACAGUAAAUAAACUCAGACUCUCAAUUACUUACAUUUGCAUAUUUAUAGAAUUGUUUGCUGCGUGUGCCUUAAAGCCAUUUUUCUGCAGAUCGUCACAAAUGUUUGGCCAGAAAAUCAGUUUUGUUGUUAUUCAAUAUAAUUAUCCAAUCAUGAUACUGGAUGGAUAAUCAUAAAAGUGCUUUUAAGGCAAAUCUGCAUCAACCUGCAUCCUUGUAAUCUCUGCUUUCACACCAAACUGGAGUAAAAAAAAACUUUAUUAGACUUGUUUCAGCUUCCCGUUUUUAUUAUUAAGUGAAAACAUGAGCAGAAAGUCUAUUUACUGCAACAUGUCUGUUUAUGAUGGUGAUAGCACCCAAGCUAAUUUUCUCAUAUCUAAACAUAACUGCCUACAUGCACAAAUCCCUGUGUGUGUUUGACGUGUGUGUUCACAUUAAGAAGCAGAGUGAAGCUUUGAGCUGUCAGGUACACUUGCAGAUUUGACAUUGUGUGUGACAAUCACGACGAACACGCUGAGAACAAACAACAGAUCAGAGUCAGCAGACUGAGACUGAGUGGCUGCUCAUUAGACACAUUUUGACAAUAUUUGUUAAUGCCUGUGUGUAGAAAUAGUCCCAGGCAGCCAUCAGAUGAAAACACCUGUGCGGAUACUUUGGUGUGUCAGCAGAGGAAGAGGAAGAAGAGAGAGAGACAGCUAAAUUUGGGGCUCCCCAGGCGGGUAAAUGUAAAAAAAAAAGGUUCAUCAAAUGUUUUACGCUGUGAGAGAAAAACUUACACCAUAGAAAAUUAUGAUCAUGUUUUUAACCACUUGUGAUACAUGGGUAGUGUCAUGCGGAGUAAUGCAUUUUCACAGCCUAUGCAUCAUUUAUGAGUCGAGAUAGAGAAAAAUGAAGCAAACAAAAGUAAUUCAGUGUCUGUCACCAUGGUGCGCCCCUGAUACAUGUGUUCUGGGCUGGAAAGUGUGUGUGUGUUCUGCAGAGGAAGUGGGUACAGUCUGACCUCUGUAGUACCUCUAUGUUGAAGCUGUAGGUUGUUUUUUUCUCAUUUCUCUGUUUCAGUCGCCUCACCAGCACAUUACAUAACUACAUUAUUAUUCUCCAUCCGCAACCUCUCUCUGACUGACAUAGUGGGGAAAAUAGAGAUCCAAACACGGCAGUGAUAAUGACAUCUCUUUAUGUUUGAAGUCUUUUUGUCGCUCCUUGUCUCUGCUGUCUCCUCACAGAGUAAUCUUUCUCCAUUUUUCUAUGUUACACCACAAGCUGGUUCACUUCUGCACCCAAUGUGGUUUGCUGCCUUUCCAUUAGUUCAUCUCUCUCUGCUUUGAGGAUGUGCUCGCAUGUUACAUGUAUGCAUAUGUGCACCGUAUGAAUGUGUGUCUCUUUGUGUGCAUGUGUGAGUGUGAGUCUCAGAGCAGUAUUAUUGUAAACAUAUCAUUUGAUGGGGAGAGAGGUUCAGGUUGUUGGCUAGCUGCCCCGCUUUCAUUUGGAACAGAACUGCCAACAUCUGGACUGUGUCAACACUCACCAUGGUGUGUGUGUGUGAGAGUGUGUGUGUGCGUGUGUGUGUGUGUGCAUGCAUCGGGGUCCCUGCUUCGGCCCCAGGGCUGUCAGCCAUUGGAUAGGGAACAGAUUUGCUCAGAUUAAUCAAAGGUGUAGCGUUAAUAAAACGACCUGUGCUCCUCCAUGCCUCAAAGGUGGCCAUUUUGAGAGGCUCUGAGAGGGUCUCCUAUCCUCCAAGACGGGUUGAAGUCACACACAUCAUAAUCAAGCACACAGUCCCAAACUAGCGUUGCCUUCUCUGCAGAAAUAGUCAAGAUUCGACAAAAAUGUGAAUACAUAAAAGUCGCAAACAAUCCUUUCCUUGUUUGCGGUUUGUUUGUCAUUUCACUCACUGUAGUGGGAAACAGUACCGUGCUCUCUUUGGACAGGGCAGUGAAUCUGAUCCUGUACUUAUAACAACACAAACCCAGAUCCGAAUCUGUGGCCACCCAGAAUGAAAAACCCACAAAUCCAACAGAGACACAUAAAACACUGCGUCAUUUAUAAAGUGAGAAAUGAGCUGCAGCCUUCUUCAUUAAUUUAUUUAAACUCAGGUCAGGAUGUGCUGCAGGAUUUGCAGAACGUGCUGAGUGAGACUACAGUAACUUCUUUAAUUUAUGUGACAGCAGAUGGAUUGGAAUAAUUGCUGUACACACUCUGCGGUGAUGGAUCGUAUGUAUGUGUGUGUGUGUGUCUGUGCUAGAAAGACAGAGUGAGAAGAUGAAAUUAUUUGGCUUGUUAUUUUAACAUUCCCCCUUCAUAACUCUUACAGUAAAGUUUUGACUGUUAUUGUGCAAAGUUGAGGCUAGCGUUUCCUUCCUUCUGUGGUAGAGUAACUCCAUCUUAAAACACACACAUACAAGAACUUUAUAUAAUCUUGUGGUUUCUCAAACCAUGAAACGAAUGCUUUGACCUCAGGAAAACAUUCAAUUCCCUCUUCUCUUUCGCUGUGGUGUUUUUAUGUUCCACUGUUUGUGCAUCGGUGUGUGCGUAUGUGCUGAAUGCACACGAGUAAAUCUGUGUGUAUAACGCAGACACUGGUAUGAGAACAGCAAAUAAUCUCCUUCCAAACUUCAGCAGCAGUCUGGGCUGUUGGCUCUGGCUGGCCAUCUCAUCCAGCCUCUCUGGGCUGCAGAUAUGUGAGUGUAGAGCAGUGUAUUAUGGGUAGUAGUGCUGGGCUAAGAUGUAUUUGGGUUGGCUGGCUGAGGGGAUGAAGCCUGUUUGCCUACUGGGGCUGAAGACUCUGCAGGGGGGCCCUUCCUAAUCUGCUGCACCAUCCGACAG